AUGACCCACUGCCGGAAGUGCCUCGGUGAUUCCGCCACACUCUGCCGGAAGUGUCCCACUGAUUCCGCCACACUCUGCCGGAAGUGUCGCACUGAUUCCGCCACACUCUGCCGGAAAUGCACCAGUGGUUCCGCUGUCUGCAAUAAAUGCCUUGGUGAUUCCGCCACAUUCUACCGGAAGUGCACCAGUGAUUCCGUCAUAUUCUACAAUAAAUGCUUUGGUAGUUCCGCCACACUCUGCCGGAAGUGCACCAGUGAUUCCGCCACAUUCUACCGGAAGUGCACCAGUGAUUCCGUCAUAUUCUACAAUAAAUGCUUUGGUAGUUCCGCCACACUCUGCCGGAAGUGCCUCUGAGAUUCCGCUUUAUUCUGUAGUGGGAAGAAGUAGAAGAAAUAUCAUCCCGAAAAUAGUUUAAAUUGUAAUAUAAACCGCUGGAAACGCGUCACUGGCUCCCUGAAACUCUAAGCUCUGCAGUUACCAGGAAAUAACAGGUACUUCUGUGCGCCCCCCACUGCUCCCCCCUUUAACCCUUUUACCUCCAUUACUGCAAACCCUCAACACUUCACAGAGGGAGUGUGGCUGGGUGGGGCCCUGGGAGGGGGGGGAAGGGGCUGUUCGUGGUUGGGGCAUUGGAAGGGGGAGGGGCUGUUCGUGGGUGGUUCCCUGGAAGGGGGAGGGCUGUUCGUGGGUGGUUCCCUGGAAGGGAGGGCUGUUCGUGGGUGGUUCCUGGAGGGAGGGCUGUUCGUGGGUGGUCCUGGAAGGGGGAGGGCUGUUCGUGGGUGGGGCCCUGGAAGGGAGGGGGCUGUUCGUGGGGCCCUGAAGGGGGGGAGGGGCUGUUCGUGGGUGGGGCCCUGGGGGGGGAGGGGGCUGUUCGUGGGUGGGGCCCUGGAAGGGGGGGGAGGGGGCUGUUCGUGGGUGGGGCCCUGGAAGGGGGGGGAGGGGGCUGUUCGUGGGUGGGGCAUUGGUAUAGGUGAUUACUGUUCCCCCUACACUCACGGUACAGGUAAAUCUCCAAAAGUCUCUUGCUAUAUUGGCUUUGGUGAACAUUGUCAAGUCAAAGUAAGAUACAACAAUCCUAGAUUUUCUUAACCUUAGUAAAUGAAAAUAGAAAGUUUAUUAAAAGGACAGUAUGGUCACCAAAGCCACUUUAUCUUAAUGAAACAGUUUUGGUGUAUACAUCAUGCCCCUGCAGUCUCCCUGCUCAAUUUGCUACCAUUUGGGAGUUAAAUUAAAGGAACACCAUAGGGUCAAGAAUAAAAUCAUGUUUUUCUGACCCUAUAGUGUUAAAACCACCAUCUAGACACCCGGGUCCCCUUUUGCCUCCCUAAAUAUAGUCGAAUCUUACUGUAUUCAAGUCUACAGCUACUGGGUCUGCCUCUGACCUGCCUGCUGAUAUAUACUCAGAAGUGUCGGUCUGAGCCAAUCACAAUGCUUCCCCAUAGGAUUGGCUGAAGCUGUCAAGGAGGCAGAACGGGGCAGAGCCAGCACAAGUCAAACACAUCUGUGGCCAAUCAGCAUCUCCUCAUAGAGAUGUAUUGAUUCAAUGCAUCUCUAUGAGGAAAGUUCAGUGUCUGCAUGCAGAGGGUGGAGACACUGGCAGUGCUCCUCACUGAGCAGCACUGCCCCAGGAAGUACCUCUAGCAGCAAUCUGAGGAGUGGCGAGUGGAGUUAUCACAAGGCUGUAAUGUAAACACUGCUUUUUCUAUGCAAAUACAGUGUUCACAGCAAAAAGCCUGAAGGGAAUGAUUCUAUUCACCAGAACAAAUGCAAUAAGCUGUAGUUGUUCUGGUCACUAAUGUGUUCCUUUAAUUUGUUUAUACAACCCUAGCCACACCUCCCUGCAUGCGACUUGUGCAGCCUUCCUAAACACUUCCUGAAAAAGCUGUAAUGUUUACACUUUAUUGCACAUUCUGUUUAAUUUAGAAUCUAUUCUCUCCUGCUCUGUUAAUAGUUUGCAAGAGCCCUGUGUGUGAUUGAUUUUAAAGUUUAAUUAACAGAGCAGCAUAUAGAAAACAUCUGAUUGAAAAUGAAACCAUUUUAUUAUGUUGGCUGUGAGAGUCACUUGAGCUACCUAAACAGAAGCAAAAAUUAUUUAAAUGGACACUAUGGGCUCAGGAACACAAAUAUGUAUUCCUGACCCUAUAGUGUUGAAAACACUAUCUGCCACUCAUUGUCCCACUAAAUAUACUAAACUCUUUUUAUUACAGUCUGUUGGUGCUGGCUCUGCCCUUGAUCUGCCUCCUUGGCUGAGAUCAUCAGAAAUGGUGAUCUCAGCCAAUCCAAUGCUUCCCGGUGGGAAAUCAUUGGAUUGGCUGAGAUUAUCAACUCUGAUCUCUGCGAAAGGACAUUCAGCAUCUCCUCAUAUGGUCCACACGCCCAGAGUAUGACAGUAAGCGAGAAGCUGGAGAGAAGGGACUCAUUUUUGUUCCUCUUCAAAUUGCUAACCGAUACGCCCUCUCGUUGGCAGUCAUCCGGUUUGAUCUACAACUGAACGUCCCCAGCAACACUUGGCUAUCUCUUACCUGGAACCAUAUUCUGCCACUCUCCUCUCAGUCCCUCCUGUCCCCUGUUUUAUUCCCUUUUGUUUAUGUGACGAGAGCAAUCUCGCCACAUUGCAUUGGAGAAGCCUGGUUGCUCGCCUGUUGCCUUUGGAUUAUGGCCCCAUGUUAAAAGGCUUGAUUUUUUUUUUUUUUUUCCUGCAAAGACAAGAAAGCCGGGUCAUUUGGUGCUUGCCCUGUUUGAGCAGUGAUACCCCAGAUAGCUAUGCAAUGAAGCCCAUUCGUAUAAUGAAAGACUUUGGCUCCAUGGCAAUUGAACUGUAUGUGUGUGCUCUGAGCGCCAUUCAGUAAUAAUGUGUGCUCAGACCUAAGCUAUCUGGGCAUAUGUUGCAUGUCUGUAUUUUAUGUCAUAAAUGUAACCUUGUGUAUUUUAUUGUAUUUUACUGUCUUUUUGCUGCCAUGUGUUCAGUGGAGUUUUGCCUCUGUCUUUGGAGAUAAUUGCAUUACGUCUAAUUAUCUCCAGGAUAGAAGACUCUGUUGAACUGGUUUUGGGCAGAAAAGCCAUGCUUCCUGUGGUCACAAAGGACUACGAUCUAUCUUUUGAACCACUGUACCAAUUUGUAUGAUUUUGACGUAUGUUUGUAUUUGGAGUAUGCUGAUUCCGAAAAUGUAAGAAUGUGAUGCAUACUUUUCAAGUUAUGAAUAAUGUGGAAAAAUUGUAUUUCUCUGCUUGUGCUAAAUUACAUUACCCAUUGUGUAAGGUAAUUGAAACACAAGCAGAGGGGAGGAAUUUGUGUGGGAGUGUCUGAGUGUAUUGUAUGUGUUUAUUGGUUGUGUUCCAAAACCCUGUGGGUGGUACUAAUGUGUAAGAAUGUGUACAUAAGCACAAUAAACCCACAGCUCUGUCUGUUCACUGCUUGACCCUUAACACGGAGCCUUGUCUCGUCUUUGGGGGGGAUUUACUGAAUGCUGAUAGACUGAUUGCUAGGAAUGUAAGCCGCUUGGAUGCUUUGCCUAUUUGUCUGCUAGCAGCAAUUCGUAUGGUUCCAGUUCAUGUGUUUGGAGUGUUAUAUUGGAUGCCGUUCGGGAGUUUGGAGCAUUCCCUUAUUGGCGGUUCGUGAGUUUGGUGUAUACAAUAGCUGUGCCUGCAUCUCUGAAAAGGGGACGAUCGCCUAAACGGUUUUUACCCCUUGUGUGCAAAACGGUCCGUUACAAUUGGUGGCAGUGGCGGGAUCGUUCCCACAGACAACAGGACAGCUACAGGCGACACCAGUCCGUGGAUUUCCAAGUUGGGGGCAACGCAUGUCCCAGUACAGCGACCCUAAAAGCAACAGAAUGGAACCAGCAGUGUUAUACGAGGAGGAGGACCUGGAUGGCCGGGAUGCAUUAAGGAAAAGCAUCUGGUACCAGGCCCUGGAUAAUGUACAAUACCAGCGGGGUGAGAGUCUCCCCAGUGAAGAGCAGUGGUUGAAGAAGCAAGUGGCCCUGCGGAUGCCUUUCCUGGGAGAGCAACCCUUGGAUGAAUGGUUGUUGGAACUCUGGGAUUUAAUUUGGAAGGAGUUGUUGCUAGAUGCAGCUUACCGGGCAUUAAAGUGGUACGCCACCCAGCGCAACCCCUGGAUGACUAACCACUAUCUGCCCGAGGGAGAGGAUUAUAAUGGCCCGGGCUUACUGUGGGAGGCCUUUGAGGAGGGCAAUGACUUUGGAUGCCCCACAGAGUUUCGGUUCUGGGACAUCCACAACAUCAGGAAAACCCUGCUGGAUCUUCCCCGAGCGGACGACCUGGGGCCAGACCUGAGUUAUCUGGUCGCAAUGGAGUGGGGGCUGGAGCAGAGCUACCGACGCCUGUUCAACUUAGCCCAAUCACCGUCCCUCGGCCCAGAGGAUUACUUGGACACCCUACCCUCUUCUGUCCAACCAGCCCCAGAGGUGAGCAACCUUAUGGAACGGUCCUGGGAAGACCCACAGAUGGCAGGUGGAGAUGGAACCGAGGUCUCUCCACCUGCCCCACAGGGAUGCUGGGUACCCGGCCCAGAUCCCCAGCGGCAGUGUAUCUCACAGGGAGAGGAGACAACCGGUCCCCCUUCCCAGCCGCAGCCUGAGUUCCAGGAGGAGUUGAUGGUAGAUCCCUCCCCCAUACAGCAACCAGCGUCCUGGUGAGGGGAGGCAACCGGCCUCUAUAUAUAUUUAUAUUAAUGGAGAUAAAAAGGCUGUACCUUAAAGAGUCUUUUUAAUAAAUAAAUCUUCCUAGUUUUUGAUUCUAAAAAAACAUAAUGAAAAAACGGAACGGACAUAGUGUAUACCGUAUAAUAAAAUUUUUACUUAAUUUUAUUAUACGGUAUACACUAUGUCCGUUCUGUUUUUUCCUUCUGUUUUUUAGAAUCAAAAACUAGGAAGAUUUAUUUAUUAAAAAGACUCUUUAAGGUACAGCCUUUUUAAAAUAUAUAUAUAUAUAUAAUAUAUAUAUAUAUAUAUAUUCGCUACCUUUGAUUUUUUCCAAGUUCUAUUUUAAAAGAUAUUUAGAUGUUAUAGCAGCUAUUUUAUUAUUUAUCUCUUGCACAGACUGUGAGAAUAUUUUGAAAAUAUCAGCGCUGGUACACCUACUCUCCUCUUUUUAGAGGUUUACCUCAUAAAUGUCCGGGGGAACACACACAGAUGGCAGGUGGAGAUGGGACCGAGGUCUCUCCACCGACCCUACAGGGAUGCUGGGUAUCCGGCUCAGAUCCCCAGUGGCGGUGCAUCUCGCAGAGAGAGGGGACAACCGGUCUCUCUGCCCAGCGGCGGCCUGAGUUCCAGGAAGAGGUGAUGGUAGAUCCCUCCACCUUACAGCAACCAGCACCCUGGGGAGUGGGGGCAGCCGGCCUCCCUCUUCCACCGCAGCAGGAGGUACCGGGUGAGGGGGAGAACAACCCUAACCACACUGGCGCAGAUGGGACCGCGGUCUCUGUGCCAGUCCUACAGGGAUGCUGGACGGGCGGUCCAGAUCCCCAACUAUCCCUGCAGGGAUACCGGGAGGAAGAGGUAAGCAAGCCCUCCCCUCCACAGCUACAACCUGACCGGGUCCUGCGGGCAGUGGAUGAACCUGCAAUACCCACUUACCCCCUCCCAGCAGAAGGGCUGGCACCUGAGCAGAGCGCCGCUGGCCUCUGCCCUACCCUUCUACCUUGCCCAGAGCCUGACACCCUGCAUGCUAUCCCAGUGGAAGAGCUGGCACCUGGGCAGAGUACCGCUGACCUCUGCCCUACCCUUCUACCUUGCCCAGAGCCUGACACCCUGCAGGCUAUCCCAGCAGAAGAGCUGGCACCAGGGCAGAGCACCGCUGGCCUCUGCCCCCCGAGAAGCCCCAGCUGUUUGCUUAGCUGCACCAGGGAGACCGAGGAUGCUGAACUGUCCCACUACAACCUGGGACCUACAGGCCAGUACUGUUUAUUGUGGGGGGGCUACUCUGCUGAUUUUUCUUUGUGGGUGGGCUGCUUGACUAACAUGGGUCCUGACAGAUGGAAGGCCAGGCAUCUGCGCGCCUGGAGAGGACUACUAGCCGGCCUUCUGCCAUGGGAUCAUGGAACCGGGAAGGGCUGCCCCUUUAAAUGCUAGAUGUGGACUGGCCCGCCAAAUGGUCUUAUUCUUGGACUAAUGGCUGGAAGUCCCGUUAGCCCCACUGGACCCGGAAAGGUCCAGUCAUGUCUGCCGGAGCAGGGAGUAAAAGGGGGCCAUUGUGAAGGAGCUCUUGUACUUGCAUAUAUGCCUUCAGUUGAACCUUCUCCCUGCUGUUUAAAUGCCUGUAUCAGUUCGGUUCAAUAUGUAUGGAAUGAAUGUAUUCGUUUACCGAAUGGAGACCACACACCCUGGGUAGCAAUCAGCAUUAGAACGCAGAGAAAACCGUGACUUAAUUACUACCAUCUUAAAACUCACGAAUGUAGUCAGCGGGGCUUACGCAUGAAUUGCCUGGAACUAAUUUCGGCACGGCAAACAUGCAAACACCCGGUCCUCAUGGAAGUCCUGGAUGAAUACGUUCCCCUCCACGAAUCAAACUGGCGUUCGGUAGAUAGCAUCUACCGAAUGAGGGAAACAUUCACAUGUAACCAGCUGAACCAUACGAACGGUGGUUUUCGUGUAGUUAGAUGCGGACGGAGACCGGCUCUUGCUACUGAUUCUAUGGAACUCUAACUCGGAUACCUCCACAUGGCAAGCCGGUCAAACUUCCACACGAUGCGACACGGAAACUACCAAAUGGAAAUUCGUGAGAUUUGGAUAUGUAACUACCAGUAUCCUCAGCUAUCCAGGGAUGUUAAAAGUAUAUUUGUAUGUCUUGUAAAAAGUAUGUUUCUGAAACUGUUAAAAAAUUGUAAUGUUUUUGGCCAGCAGAUAAUUGAGCUUUGUGUAUUGUAGAAACUCUAUCUAGCCUGGCCCAGAGGAGGAGUUUUGUGUUGCAUAAAUUGUGAGUUCUGUGUGCCAGUAAAUUAGUCUUGUUCCAGCAUUAAGCUUUGGCUCAUGUGUGGAUUAUUCGGCGAUUCCAGGGAUAUUUCUACUUGUGGAAUAUUAGGUGAUUUUCUUUUAUGGGAAGAAGGGAAUGCUUGACGGUCAUACCCUAUACUACCGUCACAGUUUACUUGCCAGGAGAGCGCUAAUUGGAGGGAAGGUACUACUAAGUAUGAGGAACAAUUGCUCCCUAAGAGCCAGAGGGAGCCCCCGUUUAUUUGACCACAGGAACUCCCGAUAUUUGACCAGCCAAGAUCACUUUCAUGCUGGAACUAUUUUGGGCUUCUCCUACGUGUGCGGGCAGUCAAAACUAUUUGGAAACGUGGUGUAACUGAUCACCUGGCACCCUUUCUGGGCACCUCCGUUGAUAGACUCUUCCUAGCUGACGCCGAGGACCAUAAGCACCGCACCGGACACCACAACCACCGCAGACUUCACAACCGUCUUCCUUCCACCCUGGAUCAACCUCUGAUAUCCAGGACCGUGUGGGGGAGACCUCUCCUCAAGGAGAGCGUAACAGGAACAGUUCUUAAAAGAGCAAAGUGAUUGAUUAGAGCCCAGGGGAGUAUACAAAGUAUACAGUUUGAAUAUAGAAGUUCCCUACAAACACGAGACAAGGCUAAGUAUUGAGGGUUAAGAAGAUCUCAAAAGUGCAGAACUGUACCAGUACAAUUUAAAGGGGCAGAAACAGUGCUCCAAAAUCCAAUAGGCAGAAAUAUAGUUUUUAAAGGGCAAUACACCCAGGGGCCAUAGUCACAGGGCAAGAGGCUGGCAAGCAGGCCUCUCCAAAACCCAGUGGCGAAGUGCAAUUCGUCACACUUGGGGGCUCGGACUAGAUGCUAUCCAGGGAUGUAUGACACGUCGGUUUUCCGUGUGUUCUAACUAUUUUGGGAUGUUUAUGUGCUACUGUGAAAUAAUUAUAUUUAAGCCAGAGCAAACUCUCAGACAAAGGUGGCCAUCAUAAGCAGGAAGUUGUCUGGUCGAGCAGCCGAAGCAUACUGGGCAGUACCCGACUUGGACAUCAAUAAAUAAUUACGAGCAGGUCAAAAAGACACUGUUGGCUCAGUAUGCAGUAACCCCCGACGCCUACCAGAGGAAAUUUUGCGGCUUAUGAAAAGGCAUCAGGGAUUCUUUUGCUGAAUGGUCUUUUUCGAUGCAUUGGGAAGACCGAAACUGGAUGCAAGGGUGUCAGGCAACCACCUUAGCAGUAGCUUUAGAACUAAUGCUGUUGGAGCAAAUCUUCGACCAAAUGCUGCCAGAGUUCCUUAACUUAGAAGAAGCAGCUCCUCUAGCUGACAAAUUCCAGGAUGGGCAAAAGACGUCCACCCUUUUGUCCCACCUGUUGCGCUCAGCCAACCCCACUGUAGCGUAGCCCUAGUCCUAGCAGGGAUUUUCUCUCCACUGAAUCACCCAAGAGUAAAAUCAAGAACAAGAAAAGCACCAAAUAGAUCUUCCACUUCCUCUCCAGCAACUAGACAAUACACAGUUCUAGGAGUACAACUGACUUUAUUCUGGCCAUACACAGCUUUUAUGCACUGACCCCUACCCCUGGGGUUUCUCACACAAAAUUACAGGGCUUUUCCUCCCAAGAUCCUAUGUGUCUGAGAGAUAAUUGCGUGAGGAAAAAAAACUAUAACUCCUUUAUCUCCCAGGUACAGAAAAAUCUACAAUAUUUAAAAACCUACAAAAAUCAAUUUGAAUAACUUCAGAACCCCACGAACAUCACGUCAUUGAAUAGCUUGGAUAUGAGCGCACACUUGCCAAAAUAUCACUCAGAUCCGUUCAGUGGUUUGAGAACGCCAUUGGAAUGAUGUUUUGACCGGUCUGCCAUGAGGGGAUGCCCCAAAACCGUUCCAGAGGAAACAAGGCAACGUACGGUCAUCUUACGGGGUUCUCGCACGAACACAGAUGACUCCAUCUCCUGGCUGUAAGCAUGCGAAUGCUUCCCCUGUUCAGUAGUUUAUGCCUCCCGAACGACGUUCUCCUAACUGUUCGGGAAGUUGCAUAGGCGUUCGUGGGGUCGCAGAUCAAAAAUUAGUUCUGGUGCCAGAGACAGGAUUCUAGAGGACAUGGCAGGGGCCGUUUUUAGUAGUGGAGCGCAUUAGCGACAAUAUCGUAGCCCAAUGUUUGGCUGAAAGGACACAAACCUCCUUCCAUGUGAUGUGACCAUGUUAAGCGCUACUUGGAAAGACCCGAGGAGGUAGCUGCAGUAUGCGCCUCCUUCGUAGAGGACAGUGAGCACCUCCCCUUGCCCGACCUGCUCGCCACAUCCCCUGGAAGUGUAGAGCAGGUUAGCUUAGGGGAAGGCCUUAGCUCUGUAGAAAGGAAAGAAGUCUCCCAACUGUUACAGGGACAUCACUAGAUGUUCACUGCUGCACCAGAUUACACUACACUGGCUGUUCACCGGGUCGAGACCCAGGGACAUGUACCGCUCUGGCAGCAGCCAUUCCGCAUCUUAGGCAUUCCAGGAAAGCUUGUUACGAGAGAUCCAGAAGAUGCUGGAGCUGGGAGGCAUACAACUCUUCCAGAGUCCUUGAAUUUCCCUGGUAGUUUUGGUAUGUAAGCGGGACGGUACGACCCGCUUCUGUAUAGACUACCGAAAGCUCAACGAACGAACAGUCACAGGUGCCUAUCCUAUACCUUGGAUCAACAAAUUGUUAGACCAAAUGGCCGGGGGAGGGGGGGGAAUUACUUGACUACCAUAGAUUUGUGCAAGGUAUACUGGCAAAUCCCCGUCAAGCCGGAGACCAUUCCUAAUUCGGCAGUGAUUUACACAGCGUGGCCUGGCACCCAUCGGUUCUGGCAGUGAUACACACACACACACACACACACACACACACACACACACACACACACAUAGCGGGCCUGGCAGUGAUGCAUCCAGGGUAGCAUGGCACACAGCGAGCCUGGCAGUGACGUACACACGGGAGAUGUGGCAGUGCAUAAACUGAGCGUAGUGUAACACCCAGCUGUUUUAAUUAAGUGUCUUCUGUCUCAUCAAUGUUUAUAGAUGGGCCCUGAAAGAAUCUUACCAAAUCAAACUGAAGAAUUCAGUGAUCCGCAAGACCCCCCUGCAGACUGGAGUGGGGGAGAAGAGGAGGAAGAAGAGGAUGUUCACAAUGGGUACCAAUACCAGCCAUUGAACCAGGAUCCAGACGAUGGGAUUCCAACAGAGAAUGACAUCCAAGAUCGACUUCAGGUAAGCUUGACUUGCUUAGCCCCCCUCACUGCCAGUAACACAACAAUGGUGUCAUCUUAACCCACUCUUUCCCAGUAACAGAAUAGUGGUGCCAUCUUAAAGGACCACUCUAGGCACCCAGACCACUUCAGCUUAAUGAAGUGGUCUGGGUGCCAGGUCCAGCUAGGGUUAACCCAUUUUUUCAUAAGCAUAGCAGUUUCAGAGAAACUACUAUGGUUAUGAAUGGGUUAAGCCUUCCCCUAUUUCCUCUAGCAGCUGUCUCAUUGACAGCUGCUAGAGGCGCUUGCGUGCUUCUCACUGUGAUUUUCACAGUGAGAGCACGCCAGCUUCCAUAGGAAAGCAUUAUGAAAGCUUUCCUGUGUGACCGGCUGAAUGCGCGCGCAGCUUUUGCCGCAAGUGCGCAUUCAGCCGACGGGGAGGAGGAUCGGAGGAGGAGAAGCUCUCUGCCCAGCGCUGUUAAAAGGUAAGUUUUUUUUACCCCUUUCCCCCUUCCAGAGCCGGGCGGGUGGGGGCACCCUCAGGGCACUAUAGUGCCAGGAAAACGAGUGUGUUUUCCUGGCACUAUAGUGGUCCUUUAACCCCUUUACUGUCGGUAACACAACAGUGGUGGCAUCCUAACCCCUUUACUGUCGGUAACAUUGGCACCAUCUUGGUGACCCAACAGUGGCGCCAUCUUGGCCCCCCUCACUGUCGGUAACAGUGGCGCCAUCUUGGCCCCCCUCACUUCCAGUAAAACAGUGGUGCCAUCAUAACCAUCCUUCUGGCAAUAAAAGAACUUAAUCUUAACCUACUGCAGAGUAAUGGUAAUUGUCAGCUCACAGGUGAUUUAUUUCCAUUUUCUGAUGCGUUUAUGAAUACUGUAUCUAUUCUACACCAGGCUCUGUGUAAUGCAUCUAGACUCUAGAGGGCCACACUGGCAGCAGCAGUAUAGUGAAUGAAAGUAGGUGUUGCAAUCAGGAAGGUGGCAUGGUGGGUUCAAGUAAUGGGAGUUGAAGUCAGGGAAGAGUGCUAGUAUGUUGAAUUAACCCCUUAAGGACACGUGACAUGUCAUGAUUCCCUUUUAUUCCAGAAGUUUUGGUCCUUAAGGGAAAAGCUAUAUUAUAGUAGAUGAUAUUUGGAGUUGCGGUAGGGUUGUCACAUCAUGUGUAAUGCUGCACGCGGUAAAACAAGUGGUAAAUCGCAUAUAAACUGUACAUACUACACAGCUCCAUAUCCGUGCCUGACAGUCAACAUGAUGACAUUAUAUAGAUCUAGCAAAACCUUGUGUGUAUGGCAACUCUGUUGGUGGAGUGUGCUAGUAUAGUGGGAAUUGCAGUCAGGAGAGAGAUGUAGUAAAGUGGAUUUGCCAUACACAACAACGACCCUAAAUCAUUAAAGUGUAUUGGCAUCAAAAAAUUUAUUAUCCCUUGGAGAUGAGAGAAUAUAAAAAACAUCCUCGGCAAGUCCAAAAUGGAAUGGGUGUUUCAUUUACAGACACUCGCCCCUAAUGGUUUAACUGCAGAAUUUUAUUUGUUUAAUUUUAUUUAAUUUCAUGUCAUAUUUGUGUGUGUGUUCCAAAAAGUAAGUUUGGCACUCUUCCCAAAAGUUGAAAGAAAAAGUUGAGGAAAGACCACGUGUGACGUCAUCACGCUGCGUCCCCACGGUAGACUAUGUGGUAACUAAGUAUCCGUUGCAAUAGGCAACCAAACACCCGUGGUUCAUACAGCUAGCCUAAAGCUAAUCUUCCGAGACAGAGGAUCAUGUGGGGACUGCCAGUAACACAAAGUGGCAAACUGAUGGACUAAAGUGAAGUCCGUGGAACAAAAAAAAAUCAAUCCAUGUGUCAAAGUGAAGCAAAAAAUGUAUAUAGGAUCCUUAAAAAGCAUAGAGUCCCACAGAUAUAACAAAGUGACAGUGGGAUAACAAUCUAUUAUUAAUAGAGCAGGCUAGGCAGAAAAAAAAGUGAGUCUGUCUCUGUCUCUCUGUCCAUCCACAAUAACACAAGGUAGUCUCUACACAAGGACCAGUUCGUUUAUCAGUAUAUCAAUGCUAACAAAGAAGUGAAAGUGAGCAUAUCUACAGAUCUAAUUGCAAAUACCUAAUAAAGGUACAAUUUAAGAUGGAUGUAAACUUUAGAAACAUAGAGAACACAAUGUUCUUGUAACGGAUCACCUGGCACCCCGACUGGGUACCUCUGUUGAAGGAUGCUCCUAGCGCUUCCUGAGGACUCCAAGCACUGCAGCAGCCACCACAACCACUGAACCGGAGAAGCAUACAAAUGCUCUCAAGCAUAUGAAUGCUGUAAGCAGCUGAACAGGAAAAGCAUACAAUCAGCUUACACUCCUGGCAAUCAGCAUACAAUCCAAUUCCCCCAAUAACGAGACGACACUUCGUUUUGAGGUCAAGCAGAACUGACUGUACUGGCACAUACAGCCUCUUUUUAUUCCCAAUCUACAAACUUAGUACUGCCCACAGGGUUUUGAAACACAGCCAAUCAAUCCAUACAAUAAACACAGACACUCCCACACAAAAUCCUCCCCUCUGCCUGUGAUAUGAUUACUGAACACAAUGAGUAAUAUAAUUAUCACAGGCAGAGAAAUACAGUAUUAUAAAACACAUCACAGGGACCCCAAAAUAUGCAAUAACCCCAUAAAAAGUAUAUCCUUGGAACUGGAAAUUUACAGUAUCCUCCUACUAAAUCCCAGUCCUCCCCCUCUAGCCAACAACAGCAGACUCCACUCACAUUGCCGCUGCCAGUAUGCGACUCCAGAGUCCGGCCUCUGGUAUACCCCAAACGGUGCCACCUGAUCCUCCUGCUACUUCUUGAAUCCCUGUGAAGGUGGAGCACAUUGAUUUCACAUUAGCAUGUGACGUGGCGUUGCAUGCCUCCCAUGCACCUCCAGGUACUCCACUGUCCAGUCACAGCCAAUGCAACACUGACCAACAAUUGAGAAAAUAGAGAAAACACAAAAUUCUUGUCACAAUGACAAAUGUGACUAGCUGUGUUAAAUAGAUAGAUCUGGUACACCUAAUGUGAUACACAGAAAAGAGGGAGGAGGACUAAAACUAAAUAGCUACUAACUAGGAAGAUAGGGUUCCAUUAAAACCUAUAUAGAAUAAAGAAAAAACACUAAAAAAUGCAAAAGACCUUGGAGCGAAUUAGUAUAUGACUCAAAAAUCCGGAUAAGAAAUGCUGGAUAAAAUCUGUAUAAAAUACUUCAAGGAUGUAACAAUAAAAAUGUGACUAAAAAAGGGGACUCAAAAAUGGGUACUAUGCCUUUAAGAAAAAUAUAUCAAGGGUAGGACUCUAAAAUGUAACUGAUAAAUUUUAAACUUAAUCAUAUGUGAUAUAUAAAAACAGAGGACGAAUCGGAUAAGAGAAAAUAAAUGAUUAAAAUAAAAUAAAAAAUAAAAAUAAAUGCUCCUAACAGUGCAAGGUGCAGUAAAAUACUGUCCCUGAGAAGAUACAGGAUAACAGUUAAUACUUGCACCUAAAUAAUAUGCUUUGUAUAGACAAAGUUGCAAAACAAGCACUACAGUAUGAGGAACUGUGUGCUAAAAUAAAUAAUGUAGCGUGGAUACAAUGUAGAAAGACAGAAACUGGAUAGAAAUGCAAAGUCCAGUUUAUUAAAAAUAAAUAUAGAUUAAAAUAUGAAUUAAUCAAAAAUGAUGGUCAAUUCAUGUGCAAAUAUGUUACCAGUCCAAUGAAGUCCACAAAUAUUCACAGACCCUUGGAAUCAGCCAGGAUGGAUGUGGAUUGACUUGGCAGCUGGUGCUCUGUGUUCUGUCUGCCGGUUGAGGACGGCGUGCAGAUCGAUGUGUCUGUCCCAACACGGACCUCACUCCGGGGGGUGUGCACAGUGAAUAGUCUAAGUCCACAGGUUCACCAAGGGUCCUGAGAAAGUGGGUGCUUCUAAUGCUGGUUACUAGCACAGUUCAAAGAGAUGCUUUGGUCUAACGCGUUUCGUGAGGAAAUAGCCUCACUUCUUCAGACACAUAUUGCAGACUGUUGUUGCAGCCAUGCUUAAAUACACAUUGUGCUAAUUAGAGCCUCAAAGUAAAAAAAACAAUAAAUAGAUAUGACAAAUAUACAUUGUCAGCAUUGCAAGUAUAUACAAAAUAUUACAAUAUGGAGCAUUAAGAUAACAGCUAAAAACAAUUAUGUAAAAAAUAUUAAGUAACAAACAAUAUGUACUGUAGGCAUCAUCAACAUUACAGAUGUAUAAAAAAAAUCAGUAUAAUCACCAUAAUCAAUAACUAAUAGCUUAAUGAGAUUUAAGUACAUAUACAUCAAUACAUAUGAACUAUAAUAUAGCAACAUUUGGGUAGCCUGAAAUAAGUAGAUAAUAAAAAUGGUGUUCUGAUAGCUUGAGAUACUAUUAAAAAAUAUAUGGUAAGAAAUAAAUGAUGAAUAAUACAUAAAAGGAUACAAAGAAAAUAUAACAGAUUCCAUGUGGUGUUCAAUAUGUGAUAUGUGAAAUAACUCCCAAUGAUUAAGUAUGUGUAAAAGGGAGUGUCAAAGUAGUGUAAAAGGAUCCAAACCAUUUCUAAAACGCAUUAGAACAGGGAUGAUACAAUUACAAAGUGACCAAGCACCAUCUAUGUGAAAUAUAUGUGGUAUCAUCUGUAUAUAAUGUGUAGUGGUGAGAGAAAUAAUAUAUAAAAUAAUAUAGUCAGAAAUAUUUCAAAUAGAAGUAAUAAAAGAGAUAAAAUAAGUGAAGCUAGAAGUGAAUAUAUAUGUGUGUGAAGAGAAAAAAAAUAAAAUAUAAUAAUAAAUAUCUUAUAAAAGCGUAUACUUAUAAAAAAGCAUGAAGCUUAAAGUCAACAUUAAGUCCUUUAGGAAUUAGUGUCCAAUUGAAAGAUCCAUCUAGCCUCAGUUUGAUCUAAAAUUUUGUCAAUACUGCCACCUCUCCAAUGAACAUUCACCUUCUCUAUAGCCAUAAAAAUUAAGUCCAGUGGGGUAUCCCCCAUGUACUUCUUUAAAGUGUUUGGAAAGAUUGUGAGUUAAUAAUCCUUUUUUGAUAUUCUUGAUGUGUUCCGCAAUUUGUAUUUUUAAAACUUUUAGUGCGUCCAAUAUAUUGCUUCGAACAGGGACAGGUUAUCAAAUAAAUCACUUCUGAAGUACUACAAUUCAUAUUGCUCCUGAUCUUAAAAUCCUCCUGACUAGUCUGAGAUCUAAAUGUGGUCGUUGUAUGGUCCAUGGUUGGGUUAUUUCUACAUGGUAGACAUUUUCUAUAACGUAUGAAACCAUGAGUGAUAUCGUGGUUUGUGGUCUCAUAGGAGGAUUUAAUAGUAGGUGCCAACAUUACUUGAAGAUUGGGUGCCUUCGUAAAAAUGACACGUGGUUGGUGAUCAAGAAAUCCGGAAAGAGUUGGAUCUUGCUCUAAAAUCCCCCAAUGUUUCUUCAAAAUCUUUUGUACCAGAGAAGACUGAUGAUUGUAUUGUGUAAUAAAAGCAGGUGCAGUAGAGAAAGAUCCAGUAGUUUGUGUUUUAAGUAGAGUAACCUCUCUCGGUGUCUCAAUUGCUUUGUUUAGGGCUUCUCCCAAUAAAUCUAAGGGAUAUCCUUUCUCUACGAAUCUUUCUUUCAUCUCCUGCAUUUGCUGUAGACCGAUAUCGGUUUGGGAACAAUUACGUCUAACUCUCCUAAAUUGAUUCUGGGGUAUAUUUUUUUAACCAAGUAGACUUGUGAUGGCUGUUAAAAGGGAUAAAACUAUUACAGUCAAUCUUUUUAAAAGUUUUAGUAUGUAUACUUCCUUUUUUCAAUGAAGAUAUCCAGAUCCAAAAAUUCAAUUUGCUCUCUAGAGUGAUUAAAAGUGAACUGUAGAUGGUAGGGGUUAUUGUUAAGGUAGAUUUUAAAUUGCUCUAACGAUUCCAAAUCUCCUUUCCAUAUAAAAAAACAAUCGUCGAUGUAUCUACGCCACAGGGACAGAUUUGCGCCAAAUGGGCAGUUGUACCAUACAAACGCCUCUUCCCACUUGCCCAUAAAUAAAUUAGCAUAACUUCGUGCAAAUUGUGUCCCCGUGGCUGUCCCCUCUAUUUGAAGAUAAAAACAGUCGUCACACCAAAAAUAGUUGUGUGUUAAAAUAAAAACAAUACAUUGCAUUAAAAAAUCAAUUUGAUCAUUUUUAAAAAGUGACUAGCUGUGUUGCCUGGAAAUAUACAGUAGGCUAUACUAAAUAAAUCUGAAUGCAAAGAUUGAGCGAUCCCAAUAAAGUGUGAGUUAAAAAUACAAAUAGAUACACAAAUGUUCCAUAAUCCCUGGGUGGUAUAAAAGUAUCACCAGCAUAUACUUAGCGGCAGGUAUCUACUCUGAGCUUUAUAGUGUCUGGCUCAGUAGAUAUAUGCAGUGCUAUCCUAAUGAAUUAGGUAUACCACCCUAAGGCUACCGCUUAAUUAUUACCUCUAAUAGUGCAAAGGCACUUCAUAUCAACAGAUUAAUCCAAACUAUACAGAAUGGUCAGAUGCUCCUUAAAUAGGGUAGCGUAUGUAAUUGUGGCAUGAAUGAACAGGCGAUUACCUAGUCAUAAUAUGUAAAGCAAGUGCUACUUCAAAAAAUAAUAAAAUGAGAAGCACACCUACUCCCUAAAGAUAAGGUGUAUAUACACAAAAUCGUUCCUUACAAAGAAAUAAGGUAUAUACAAAAAACUAAGGGAGACCAUAUAGCUGGAAAUAAAUUAGGAGGUAUAGAGCAUAGAUAUCAUGAUGCUUAGAAUGCUCAAUGACAUCUAUGAAUAGAUAGCAAGGUAUAAAGCAGUCAUAGAAAGGAGGGUGAAGAAGACGGGUAGUAACAUAUACUGCAUAAAUAUCUAGCAGACUAAUCAGUAAUCCCUCUCUUCCAGAAAUUAGCUCUUAGACCACCAAAGGGGUAGAUCAAUGGAACAUAGUGUCUAUUUAAAAAUAAAAAAGAAACGGUGAGGCAAACUGAGUGUCAUGCUGUGUCUAGUGUAAAGUGCCCAUAAGUAAAGAAAGAGGAAUGAAACGCCUGAUGCGCGUUUCGGUGCUAUAGAGUCAAGCACCUUCGUCGGAGGCCUCUAGUCACAUUUGUCGUUUGGCAUUGUGACAAGCAUUUUGUGUUUUUCUCUUUUUUUUUUUUUUUUUUUUUUUUUUUUUUUUUUUUUUUUUUUUUUUUUGGGGUUAUGCCCCUUUGAGACCCCUGGAGUCUCUCCUUGGUACCUUAGUUUGUCUUUCACUGCUGUAGCGACAACCCUAGUGGUUGAUGCACAGCGGAGUCUAACCAAUAAAACUGCACUGACAGACACACUCACUGACACACACAUUCUUGCACACACAUACUUUUCUUUAUUGCUCCCUACCUUUUGGAGCCGAUGUGGGGCAUCUCCCUGGGGUCCUUCUAUCUGCUCCUCACUACCCUCUCGCGCGGUUUAGUGAUGCAGGGUGCCGGAAUAUGACGUCAUAUUCCGCCGCCCGGCUUUACUACAGACGACGCGCGCAAGGGAGCAGGAACACUGAGCUCCCUCGCUGGCCCUCCUCCCUGGCCGGGUAAGUUUUAGCAGAGUAGCACCUGCAAUGUGUGGAAAGCAGGUGCCUACUCUGCUUGGAACACUAGGCAUGUACUCGCGGCUCGCCGUUCCGCAAAGAUGUCCAUUGUGGGCCGCGCGUUUGACAUGCUUGCCCUAUAGGAUCCAGUACUUUAAUGCAAAGCACCAGAGGAACAGAGCAGUACAGCGGGGACAGAAGAAUAAGAAAUACAAAUGCCAACGAAAAAACCCCAAUACAGAGAUGACAACAGUAGUCUUCAGUUUGUCAAGCAAGAUCCGCCAUGUACACCAUCAUUCAGUAUUGAAUAAAGGGUUAACAUUUUGUCCCUGCCAAGAAACCGGUUCACUUUAACAUGGACAUUGAGAUGUAUAAACUACAGAGGACUCUAUAUUGCAACGAACUAAUGAAGGAAACUGCAACGAGCCCACAGACUCAACCAACCCGCCUGGUAGACCGAUUGUAUAGGCCAUGGAUGGAUUCAUUGAACCUAUUGCAAAAUAUAUUGAUUUUUACAUCAAUGAUGGUGUACAAAAUUUACCCACUUGCCUUAAGAAUACCCAAGAUUUUUAAAAUCCGAUUAGCUCCAUAAAUCUGGUUGGAGAAGAUAUUACUUGUGACACUUGAUGUACAGAGCUUGUACACAAUAAUUCCACAUGAAGAGGGAGUGCAGGCAGUCCAGGAAAUUCUUAGCACUACCAUUGUUCUCACCUGUAAUUAUUUAAAAUUUGAGCACCCUUUUUACCUGCAAACGCCUGGAACUGCGAUGGGGGCGGCUAUGGCUCUCUCAUACGCUAAUGCAUUUAUGUUCUGUUUUGAACAGAAAUAUAUUCCAUCAAAGUAUCAACAUAAGAUCCUUACAUUUUUAUGUUUUGUGGAUGAUGUAUUUCUGAUUUGGAAAGGCAUUGGGUUUGAUGAUAGACCAAAUUAACUCCUCACCAUUACCGGUCACAUUUACUCCUGUUUGGCACCAUGAAUCAAGAGUUUUUGGAUAUUGGUGUUUAGAGAUAAGAGAUCUAUAGGAUACAGGCUAUACCGGAAACGGACUGAUCACAACACCUUAUUACAGCCAACAAGCUUCCAUCCUCAACAAUUUAAGGAUUCUCUCCCUAUAUCCCAAUUUCUACGAGUUGAGAUAUAUAUAUAUAUAUAUAUAUAUAUAUAUAUAUAUAUAUAUAUAUAUAUAUAUAUAUAUAUAUAUAUAUAUAUAUAUAUAUAUAUAACAACAAGGAGGUCCAACUUCAGCAGAUGUGGGAUAGGUUUUUUUUUGGAGAGAGGUUCUCAUCCUCCAAUCCUGUCUAUUGCGAAGGCGACUGAACGUUUUAAGGAGAAAACCCAAUCAGAGACCUAUUCCAAAGGAGAACCGAAUGUUUCUACCUCUUACCUAUCACACGGACACCCGAAAGGUGCGUGGUUCUAUCUAUAGACACGUUCUACAAUCAGACAAAAGCCUAUAAUGCGCUAUAAGAGAAAUAAGAGCCUCUGUGAUAUAUAACAUGUACUACGGACCAUGUAAUUUACUUGUCCAUGUGGGCUGGCAUACGUUGGCAAGACCGAUCUUAUGGUUAGCGAUUGUAUUUGAGGCCAUCGCUCAACCAUCAACACUGCUUACCGGGAUGAAAAGACUGAUAAACCUGUUGCCAAACAUUUUCUGACGAUGGGACAUCGUCUCCAGUCCCUUCGAUUCAUUGCCAUUGAUCAUGUCCCCCCUUUAUCCCGUUGGGGAGACAGAUCUCUAGCAUUAUUGCAACGUGAUGCUUAUUGGAUACACCAUUUGAACGCUGUAUCUCCGAAUGGUCUAAACGAGAACAUUGUUCUCUAUGUUUCUAAAGUUUACGUCCAUCUUAAAUUGUACCUUUAUUAGGUAUUUGCAAUUAGAUCUGUAGAUAUGCUCACUUUCACUUCUUUGUUAGCAUUGACAUACUGAUAGAUGGAACUGGUCCUUGUGUAGAGACCUCCUUGUGUUAUUGUGGAUUCUAGAUUAAUGUAUUUCUUCACUCAUUUGUUUUUCAUGUAUUCUUUUUGUAUUUAGUGAUUAUCAUUUUGUUAAAUUUUCCAUGCACAUACAUUUAAUGUUGCGGUGUAUGGUUUAUACAAUAGGAGUGUGUUUAAAGGACCACUCUAGGCACCCAGACCACUUCAGCUUAAUGAAGUGGUCUGGGUGCCUGGUCCAGCUUGGGUUAACCCAUAUUAUUUUUUUUAUUUUUAUUUUUAUUAUAAACAUAGCAGUUUCAUAGAAACUGGCGGGAGGGGGACCAUCAGGGCACUAUAGUGCCAGGAAAACCAGUAUGUUUUCCUGGCACUAUAGUGGUCCUUUUAAGCAUAUAUAUAUAUAUAUUAGAGAGACUUUUUUCUGCCUAGCCUGCUCUAUUAAUAAUAGUCUAUUAAUAAUGGAUUGUUAUAAUAUUGUUAUCCCACUGUCACUUUGUUAUAUCUGUGGGACUCUAUGCUUUUUAAGGAUCCUUUAUACAUUUAAAGUUGGGGCAUGGAGGAAGCUAUUCUUCACUAUUUGCAUGGUUUGCUUUAUUUUAUUUUUUUUGAUUUUUUUUUUUUUUGAUUUUUUUUGUUUCACGGACUUCACUUUAGUCCAUAAGUUUGUCACUUUGUGUUACUGGCAGUCUCCACAUGAUCCUCUGUCUCGGAAGAUUAGCAUUAGGCUAGCUGUAUGAACCACCGGUGUUUUUGGUUGCCUAUUGCAACGGUUACUUAGUUACCACGUUGUCUACCGUGGGGACGCAGCGUGAUGACGUCACACGUGGUCUUUCCUCACUUUCGGGUUUAUCAGGUGGUGGAGAUUCACUUCACGUUCAUUGGUAAGUGCCUAUUUGAUUUAUGCAUAUUACAUAGUUACAUAGCUGAAAAGAGACUUGCGUCCAUCAAGUUCAGCCUCACAUUUUUUUGCUGUUGAUCCAAAAGAAGGCAAAAAAAAAAAGUUUGAAGCACAAUUUUGCAACAAGCUAGGAAAAAAAUUCCUUCUUGACCCCAGAAUGGCAUUCAGAUUAAUCCUUGGAUCAAGAAGCUAUAACCCUACAUUGAAAGAUUAUAUCCUUGAAUAUUCUGUUUUUGCAAGUAUGCAUCUAGUAGCUGUUUGAACAUCUGUAUGGACUCUGAUAAAACCACUUCUUCAAGCAGAGAAUUCCACAUCCUUAUUGUUCUUACAGUAAAAACUUUCCUUUUCCUUAGACGAAAUCUUCUUUCUUCCAGUCUAAACGCAUGACCUCGUGCCCUAUGUAAAGUCCGGUUUGUGAAUAGAUUUCCACACAAUGGUUUGUAUUGGCCCCGAAUAUAUUUGUAUAAUGUUAUCAUAUUCCCUCUCAGGCGACGUUUUUCUAAACUAAAUAGGUUUAAAUUUGUUAACCUUUCUUCAUAGCUGAUAUGUUCCAUUCCUUUUAUUAAUUUUGAAGCCCACCUUUGCACUUUUUCUACUGCCAUAAUAUCCUUCUUUAGAACAGGUGCCCAAAAUUGCACAGCAUAUUCAAUAUGUGGUCUUACCAGUGAUUUUAUAAAGAGGCACAAUUAUAUUCUCGUCUCGAGCAUGAAUGCCCUUUUUCAUGGAUGACAAUACCUUACUGGCCUUGGCCACUGCUGAUUGACAUUGCACAUUGUUGCAUAGUUUGUUGUCUAUAACAAUUCCCAAGUCCUUUUUUGUGUGUUGUUAUCCCUAAUUCGCUUCCAUUAAGGGUAUACGUUGCUUGUGUAUUCUUUAUGCCGAAGUGUAUAACUUUGCAUUUUUCAACAUUAAACUUCAUCUGCCAUUUGAGUGCCCAGUUGCCCAGUCUAUCUAAAUCCCUCUGCAGCAAGCAUGUCCAACCCACAAGGACCAUCUUUGCGAGCCGCGAGUGCAUGCUCAGUGUUAUAGCAGAGUAGGCACCUGCUUUCCCCAUAUUGCAGGUGCCUACUCUAACAUUUACCCGGCCGGGGAGGAGGGCCGCGAGGGAGUACAGCCUUCCCGCUCCUCACUGCUCCCUCGCGCGAGCUGACUGAAAUGAGGCCGGGAAUAUGUCAUAUUCCGGCAUCACUGAACCACGCAUGGAAGCAGUGAGGAGCAGGAAGGACCCCUGGGAGAUGCCCCCCCAUCGGCUACAUAAGGUAAGGAGCAAUAAUGAAAAGUGUGUGUCUGAUUGUCGGUGAGUGUCUUUGUGUGUCUGUCAGUGAGUGUGUGUGUGUGUGUGCGGCCCACGUAAACCUUGUUUAUGUGGCCCAUGCCACACUUUGAGUUUGACAUGCUUGCUCUGCAGCAAAGUAAUAUCUUGCUCACAUUGUAUUAGUUUAGAGUUUUGUGUCAUCUGCAAACACUGAAACAUGACUUUCAAUGCUUUCUUCAAGAUCAUUUGAUCAUGCCAGAACAGACCCUUGAGGGACACCACUUGUCACCUCUGUCCAGCUUAAAAAUUUACGAACGACAACUCUUUGUACUCUAUUUUUAAGCCAAUGUUCUACCGAAGAACAAGCAUUUUCAUCUAGACCGAUUUCCUUGAGUUUGAACACUAAUCUACAAAUAUAUAUAUUUUCACGGUUACAGUUUGCAAUGUUCUGAUCUUGAGAAAGACCUUUUUUAGAGGUCGAAAUGUCGAUUAUCUGAUCAUAUUUCUAUUUUAAUUUUUUUGCACAAUAAACUGUUAUAAUUUUCAAAUCCAGGAGUGCACCUUUAUCAAUGUAAUAGAUAUAUAUAAUUUUUUGUAAUUUUUAUUCACUUUUUACUAUACAACUAUUUGUGGGUUGUUUUUUUGUUUUUUAUCCUGAUUUUUACCAAAUCUUUAUUUGAAUGUUCUUUAUAUGUCCUUUCUAUCCAGACUCUUAAGACCUCAUGUUUGUUUUAUUCUUCUUAUAUCUACUUGUUCCCCUCCUAAUAUGGCCACUUAUUACACUCCUCUCUAAGAUGGCCGCUGCCACGAUCUUCGUAUCCCUUUCCUCAACCAAGAUGGCCGCUGCUGCUAUUUAUACAUUAUUUAUCCCCAUUAUCUAUUAUUUUUCCUCUCCUCAGGAAACUAGUCCAACAACACUGGAUGCAAUUUUUUGCAUAUAUGUGGAUCUACAUGAUGGAGUGAACCACUUAGGAGAUUUACCUGGGAAACCACAAUUGGACUUUAAUUAAUUUUCUCAUACCUUGCAUUCAUUUAUUUUUUGCAUAUUUUACUUGUAUACGUGCUAUAAUUAUCCAGAUAUAGCUAUAUACAAUUGUCUAGAAGAGAAGGGUUUAAGUGUUUAUUAUAUAAUAGAUUUCUGCCAACAUCGCAAAUACAAUACCGAAGACUCCAAUUCCCGUAAGGCUCAGCAGCCGAAAAACUAUAAUGAGCACAUGAUGCACGUCACAUGCUCUGGCUUUAAAUAGCCGAUACCUUCAAAACGCUCAUUUUCAGAGCUAACUAUUUUAUUUCUACACCUAAAUAUCUAUUAAAUAAUAUCACUGCUUCUUCUAUUUAUAUUGUGUAAAUUAACUUUGUCUAGUUAUUUGAGGACAGCCUAUGAAGUAAUUUUGGCACCAAUUUUAAACUAUCCCUCCCCUAUAUAAACUCAAACUAGCCGGGUUUUAUAUUCUUACUCAAUUUGAAAAAGCCCAUUUGAUGAAAGGCAUUAUGGAUGUUACUUUGUAUGUUAUUUAAUAAAGGAUUUUGGUAAUCACAAUAUUGUGCCAUUACCUUUUAUAUUUUAUAUUUCAUACCUCCUGGCAUUUUUAUCACUUUUUUUUUUUUUUUUUUUAUCAUCAUCUCUACUCUUAAGAAAUCCCAGGUGGGGAUCAUACCACCAACGCUAUCAUCAUAGAGAAGUAAGACUGCUCUACUCUUCUGAGUAUAAUUCUGUAUGAAUUUUGUCUUAUUGAGAGCACUAUGUGUUGCUAUUUUAUUCUCUUUUGAGUACCUGGAUACCUAAUGCUGUGGACAUCCCUCAUCAUAUCCUAUAAGUGGGAAUUGUACCACAGUACGUGAUUCGCGCUAGAACUAGUCCUAUCUCUUUUAAAUAUGAGUGUGACAUCGCUAUCUUGUAUAUACCUUUUAUAUUGAGUUCCGACAUAUUGCACUAUUGGUUUGCCUUGUCUUUUCUAUUUACAUACGGAUACCAAAGAGAUUCAGACCAAGCACAAAGAAUUUAGCAUAUGCAGCCUCACCUACCUCUUAAGAGGCAUCUUUGUAUGUGAGAACUUUCAUAGUUGGGACAAGACUUUUUAGCACUGCCUGUUCAAUUACAAGUUAUGUUUAUCAUCUACUGCCGUAAUUUUUAUCUGGCGCAGCCCUUCAUCCUUUUUCUUUAAAGUGGAUUACGGUAGUGGGCUUUGCAGUCAGGGAGUAUUAUGUCUUAAAAAUGCAUUUUAAAAGGUUGGAGAAACCCUUUAAGCGUAACUGCAUAGGGGUAUCCUCUUUUUCAAGUCUUCAAUGAUAAGCAACAAAUUCCACUUUUGAGCAUUCUACACAAUAUAAAUGUUGUCCACAAAUUUAGAAUAUGCCAAAAGCAACAAUUAAAACAUUGCUAAAUCUUAGUUCCCUCAUAAAUAUUCAUGAAACUGUUGGCAUAUGUUGGAGCCAUGGCUGAACUAAUCACCGCUUCAGCUUGUUUAAUGUCAAGUCUCUUCAAAUUUGAAAUAGUUAUUGGUUAGAGCCAGGUCCAAGCACUCUAAAAAAAACAAAAAAAAAAAAAAAUAAUUCUAUAAGUGGGCCUUCGUAUAAAGAAGAGUCUUGCAAUAAUGUCUGCAUGACAUUGUUUCCUAAUACAUAUGCAAUCAUAGUGGUGUCUGGCCCUAGGGCUUUGUUGACAUUGACUUGUUGUAGUACUUUAUCCUGUGUUAACCAAUCACCUGUUUUCCUUAAGAUUUUUUCUAAUCCGCAUUUGCAAAUCUGCAGCGAUAGAUGCUGAUGAAAACAAAUAAUGUAGAAUUCCUUCACUGUCUUGAUCCUCCUUGAUUAACUCACCAUCUCACUUUCUAAUGGAGCAACACUUUCACUCUUAACUUUUUGGCUUUAAUGUAUUUUGGGGGGAUUGGUCUUGCGCGCUCUCUCUGGCUAAAAUUGACAAUGAAAAUCUCAUAGCCAAUCUAAUUGCCCUUUGGUUAGCCCUAAUGGCAUGCUUAUAGUUGACCCUUGUACUAAGCCACAUUGGUUUUAAUUUUCUUCUUUUAUAUUUGUUUCCCAAUGGUAUGUAUUGAGAAAUGUACUUUUGUAGAACUACCAUUUAUCCUCUGUACUUUUGCCAGUGAAUAUAUCCUGCCAGAUUUUAUUUGCACAGAUGCAUUUAUCCUAUUGAAAUAAGCCUUUUAAAAAUAAUUUUUUUUUUUUUUAUAUAAAACCUAUAUAGUUUUAUUUAUUUAGUUAAUAUCAAAUUAUACCAUAAUCUCCACUAAUUCCCAGGUGCUCCCUAACUUAAAUAUUGGAAGAUAAGUCAACACUAUUAGUUAUGACAAGAUCUAGACACUCAUCACUCUAUGUUGGCGCUUCUACUAACUGAGCCAUGAAAGUGUCACCCUAAUCUUAACCCAUACCCUAGCAAUAGUGUUAGAGGGAUUCUCUCUGCUGGUGUGAGUAGUGGGAUUCCCAUGCUGUAUCCUAAAUUGAAGUGGGAUUCCUAUCUGUAUCCUAAAUUGAAGCCAAAUUUGAAACAUAAUCCCAAUACUACAGUUAAUUCUAAGCUGAAUCUUAAACAUAAGAUUAAUAAUAAACCUAAUACUUAUUCUAAACCGAAUUAUAAAUCCCAAUUGUAAUCCUUAAUUUAUUUUGCUGGGCAGCUGACAAAGCCUAAGCUCUGCAUGCAGCUCAUCUGUCACUCUUGGGCCACUAAAAAUAACACCAGCUGAUAGAGGGGAGCAACAGGUUUCUAAUGACACCUGGGUUUCCUGGUGUGAGCAGGGAUUUAACCCUGUUUACACCACAUUUUAACAACUGUGAUUUGAAUCCCUGUUUGAAGUGCUGACUUUGAGUUCUGCAAACAACAAGCCAUCAGUCAGUCUGUGGCCACUAAUUCUAGCCCCAGGUGACAGGGGGAACCCCAGAAAUCAAAUGAUACAUGGGGUUACCAGCAUAGAAACAGUCCCUGCUAAGAAAAUACUGCAUGACUGAGAUUUGCAAUCAUUUGUCCUUAAGUGAAGGCCAAGCUUGGCGGAAAAUCUUCAUCAUGUAUCAUUAAAGGGUUAAUUUAAUCGGUUUCGCCCUGCCUGGCUGUCUUUUUCAGUGUAACUACGCCUGCUACCCCUGCACAUGUAGUUGGUAGAAGAAUAGGGUCCUAUAUAUACAGGUGAUGCUUAUUUCAGUUCAUUUAUUUCAGUAAUGCAACAGAAGAGCUGAAGGUCGCUAUUGAAGCAUCCUGGUCUUCCAUAACACCUCAGCAGUGCCACAGGCUGAUAGCUUCUAUGCCACGCUGCAUUGAGGCAGUAAUUGCUGCAAAAGUGGCCCAAACCAAGUACUGAGUCCAUAUGCAUGCUUAUACUUUUCAGAGGUCCGAUAUUGUUCUAUGUACACUCCCAGUCUUAUUGAUUGCAUGUAAUAUUCUAAUUUACUGAGAUUGUGGAUUUGGGGUUUUCAUGAGCUGUGAGCCAUAAUCAUCGCACUUAUGACAAAUCACGGCUUGAACUAUCUUGCUUUGCAUGUAAUGCAUCUAUCUCAUAUAUUAGUUUCCCCUUUUAUGUUGCAUUACUGAAAUUAACUUUUGCACGAUAUUCUAAUUUUUUGAGUAUCACUUGUACUUCAACGUUGACAGAUUUUUUUUUUUUUUUUUUAAUUUUUUUUCUAAAACACCUAAUCUAGGCAAAAAUAAUGGGGGUUUAGUUACAUUAUGUGAUCAUAUAUUGCAUAAGCCUGCCACAACGUCAAUGUACCCCAUCUUUGGCAGGUCCUACUCUAACAGCCUGGUCUGCUUUUAUGAGAUUAACCACUUACUUGGGGGAAAAAAAUUCCAUCUGGGGCUCUCUGCAGUACAAGGCUAAAUACAGCACUGGGAUGAGGCACCUGUGACAGGGAGGGGUGCAAAACCAAGGAGAUGGCUAAACUCACAAAUGUAUAUAUGAAAGGGGGGGGGAGGCUGCACUCACCUGAACAUGCAUAAAUAUUAUACAAUACACAAGAUCCAGCGCACUCACCUAUCCACUAAACAGUAACUUCAAUGUUGACUUUUUUUUUUUUUUUUGUACACCUAAUCUAGGCAAAAAUAAUGGGGGUUUAGUUACAUUAUGUGAUCAUACAUUGCAUAAGCCUGCCACAACGUCAAUGUACCCCAUCUUUGGCAGGUCCUACUGUAUGUGUGUGUUUAUAUAAUAUAGUUUUUUGGGGGGGGUUUUACGCUGAAGGACAGUCACUUGUGAAACAGAUUGAGUGUGUUGGUGUGACUGUAGUCACCAGCACCUGGGGUUUCAUGUGGAUAUUUUAUGUAGGACCCUGGACUAUUCUUAUGUUUAAGCGUCUUAUAGGGGCCAGAAAUGGAACUCUGUAUCAUGAAUCAAACAAACCUGCUUAUCCAUUGCGUUGUUUGUGUGUUUGGUGCUCAUUUGAAAACUAAUGCUCAAGUCUAAUAAUGAAAUGAAAAUAGUUGCGCCCUGAUAGAUUUUCCCAAUAAAAAAACAGUAAAAAAAAAAUUUUUUUGAAUGGUAUAAUAAAAAAAAAUGUGUAUGCAGCCAAAAGAUGUUCGCAAAACUCCCAAAAAGAAGUCUAAUAGAAAAUCAAUUCAUUAGUUAUCAAAAACAACCCCAUGAUGGCGCCAAAUGCUUACUUUAACUUUAUUGGAUAUUGUAGUAGAGCAAUCUUGCUUGUAAAUCUCAAUAUUUAGAGGAUCCAAAAGUAUAACAAGAUGCUAAAAGUGUACUUCUGUUUUUCGAUUAAUAGAGAAUAAAUAAAUACUCACUUUUUUUUUUACCUAAUGGUCUCAUAUUGACAACAGUCAGGCGUAAAUAUGGAUCUUUCUGCCCGGGGGCACCGGGAAACCUUUAAAAGGUAAUAUAUGGAAAAACACAGAAUGUAGAGAAGUCCAAAAGUGUUGUAUAGUAGCAAAUAUGGUCGUGCGAGACUUAUUGCAUUAUACCCUUUUAUUUCAUAUCUUUGUUUCUGUUUCUACAAAUUUAGACUUGUUAAAAGGUUAUGCAGCCAGGAGCGGGGUCUGACAGCCAACUGAAGCAGUUGUAUGGUGCUGGAGCUCCUCAGGGAAUCUUUUUUUGAAAGCUUAAAAUUGAUCUUUACUUAACUUUUUGAGGUGAAAAUCUUGUUUCCAACCCAGACCUUGACCUGGAGCUUGCUUGCUUGCUUUGUGCCCUGUCUCCUCUCUUGGAACAGUGGGGGAUAUCCCAGUCCCUACUGAAAACCCUGGCACAGUCAUUUAGCCACAAUCUAGUACUCAAUUGAGGCAUAACAGUCAAAAUGGUUGUCCCACCAAGACCUGCAAACAUGGGCACCUCCGAGUAGUCAUCUGUACAUGUGGAUGUGAUCCUCCUGAAGGCAAAGCUGUAUGCUAGAGGGCUUACCUCUGCAGUCCUGCAGCCCAAAUUACGACACCCCAGAGCAGUCCUGCUGGUUGUCAUUGCUGACCUAAGCACCCUCCUCAUUUGUGUAGGCGCAAAAUCCUGACCAUGUGGAUGGCGACACUUUGCAUGCAGUAUGUUUGCUGACUCACGCUGCUUACGGAAAAGGAAGGCCCUUCACCCACAGUGCGACCAGCCUGCUCCAGGAUCCUUGUGAUCACAGAACUGCGAGGUUGCCGGUGCGAGCUCUGGCCGUAGCCCGCGCUGUCAUCCUAGAGAGCAGCAACACCGACCAGAGAGGGGUUUGGACUCCAUGGGGGAACCCCAUCGGCAACAGUACCAAAAUUUUAUAACGAAUGUUUCCCUGACUUGGGCAUCGGCUAGAAGCGUGCUCGCUAAUCCGUGUAUUCUGGGACUCUCCUGUGUUUUGCUGACACAUUCAUGAUUUCUCUGCUACAGAUUUUGAAGCUACAUUUAUUUUGUGCCUUAAACAUGUUUUGCUUUUUGUCUGUAUGUGUUUGUUUUAGUUUUUUUUUUGUUUUUUUUUCCCUCUCUCCCUUUACAAUGCCUAAUCGUAUCCUAAGCUUUACACGACACAAUCAAUAUCUUGCUAGGAGAACCAGUGGAUUUUUAUUGCUGACAAUUAACUCUCAUGUCUAUUUACAUCUCUCUUAAUCUCUUUGAUCCUCUGACAUGUUUGUUAUCCUUGUCAAUUUACUAUUUCUCAAAACCAGUGCUGAAAAUCUGUCAUGUCACUGUUAAUAUUUGAUACCACUGUGUUUGCAUUAACUGUUAUGGCAUUGCUGGCGCAUCUGUACUUCUUGCGCAACAAAAUUAAAGAAGUAAAAACAGUUUUUUUUAAAAAUCCAGCUUUAAAAGUGCUGCUGCCCUAUAAACAAUGAUUGUUACAAAAAUCAGGAUUAUUCCAGCAAAAAGUAGAUGCAUUCCUGACCCUGAAACCUCUGGGUAUACAGUCGGUAUGAUAAUUUGAAAUGAAACUGCCAUCCAAAUCCACCUCCCUUCUUAUCAACUUAAUUAAAUAAUUAUAUAUAUCCUAUAUAGCGUCAGUAUGGCUUAAAUCUUCAGUGGUUUUAUGCUAAAAUUAUCUCUUUGCCUCCUUCGUAAUCUGUCUCAGCCAACUCCGCUAAAGUUGCUCAAUGAAGUCCACUUGUUAGGGCUAAGUAGUAGAAACCAUUCACAUCAAUAAGCCAUUGUCCAAAACUGGUGGUGCUUACACACUCCGUGGGGCAGCUCUAGACUUUGCGAAGCAUUAGGCAUAACUCAAACACGAGGCCCACACUAACACCAUUGGUAAAAAUAGGGGUGGCCGUGGGUGUGUGUAAAAGGAGCUGUAGAUCUAAAGCAGGGCAGGCUUGCAGCGUUGCAUCUGUAGAGGCUUCCAUUGUCGCGGCUUAAAUUGCAAUUAUGCUAAUUGUGGACCCAGGACAUACUUGAAAACAAGAGAAAUCUCAAUGUAUCUUUCCUGGUAAAAUAUUUUAUAAAUAAAUAAUUGUUUAUACACAAUUGCGAGGUAUGCUUGUAUAGCCUGGGUGUUAAAUAUACAUAAGUGCCAAUGGGAAGGGGUUACUGGAAACAAAAUUAACAUUUUGGUUGGGCUUUAAAAAAUAAUUUACCAAAUAAUAUAGUUACUGAUAAGAAAACAAUGUCAUUGUCACGUAUUCAUCCGCUUAUAGAAAUGUGGUUAAUGACAUUUACUGUCCACACAGGAAAAGUUGUGCCAAGCAGCAACCUAAUCCACAGAAGGGUUAAUGCUGAGCAGCAAUUCUGCAAAUGAAACCUGGUAACUGACUUUGGGGUCAAAGGCCGGUUACAGCCUAUCCGAACUAAAGGAGGGGUAUUUAGGCCCAGUUCUCAGCCUGCUCAGUGCCCUGUCGUGGUUUCCCUUGUGGUUGUCCGAGAGCGCGUUCCUGUUUAUAGUUUUCUACCUGGUUUUUGACUUUGGCUUUGUUUAUUGACUUCUCUAUAUUCUGGUAUCCUGACUCCUGGCUUUCCUCAUCGCUGUGUCCCUUUCUGUGUUCCCUGACCUCGGCUAGUAUUUUUGACUAUUCUUUGUACGUUAAAUCCGGCCAUUCUAAGGACCGGUAAUACGUUACUUAUUUGUCAUCCGUGCUGGAUCAAACAGUAAUCCUGACAGUCACAGACUGUGAGGAUAUUUAUGGGGUAAUAAAUAUUUUAUAUUUUCAUAAAAGUAGCAAAAAUGUAUUUAAUUUUUAUUAUAUGAAAGCUUUAUAUAUUGGCACGGUUUCCCCUUGAUUGAUUUUAAAGCGUAGAGUUACCCACUAUUUUAACUCUUAUAGACCCUGAGAUACGUUUAUUAGAGAAUUUGUAUUUCACAUUAAUCACAACCUGGUUAUAAAAAUAUAAUUUAGUGUGUCAAAUAAUUAAUAAUAUGGAACGCAAGAAUCCGUUUAACUUUUUUCUUUCCAUCUAGUAAGUCAAAAGAAUAAUCCAACCAAAAUUUUACAUUGCAGAUGAUUAAUCAGGAAAGAUGAACUAUCCCUAAAUUCAGAGAAGUCAAUAUCUCUUGAUAAUAGCUUGAUAUGCUAUACUUACAAAUUACAAGUAAAUAUAUUAAUUUAUUCCACCUGCAGGAAAGGAAUGAGGAGCCAUAUAUUUCCUCAGCUGACUAUGAUUUCAAAGGUUUGAAAUCUCACCAGCCUUAUCCAGGUAUAUUUCUGCUUUUAGUAAAAAUUCAUUAAUUGCAAUUAAAUUAAAUGAAACCAGCAUAUUUACCAGCUUUCUUGGUAGAAAUUCUUUAGGCUUGGAGAUAUAUUCCAUUAACACCUUAAGGACGGCGGGUGUGCUAUGCCAUCCUUGGGGACCUGGCUCUAAACACGGGGGGGGGAGGGGGGGGGCGGCAUAGCACGUCCCCGCCGUCCUUUGUACUUACCCAGUCGCCGGCGCUCGCGAUGUGGGGACUCACCUGGCAGCCCAGGGAGACCCCUCCGUCCGUUUCGGCAUAGCCGUCCAAGGCAGUUCCAGCAGGGAGAGUGCCUGUAAUGACCGGUACUCCAGCUGCUGCCUGGAAAUUUUUUUUUUUUUUAUAAAUGUUAAAACAGUGUAAUAUUCAAUUAUACUUAGAUCAUAUAUAUAUUUAUUUUAUAUAUGUUUGUGUGUAUAUAAUAUAUGUGUGUGUGUGUGUGUGUGUAAUACUUAUUUUGUAAUUCUUCUUUAAUUGGAACUCAACUGCAGAAUUUUCUGAUUGCAGCAACAAUAAGUUUCACCUCCUUUUAUACUGAUAUAAAACAAUGGUUACUGUAUCUUUAAAUACACAUGCAAGGAAAUAAGCAGUGCUAGUUUCCAACUUAAUUAAGAUGGAAUAAAUUAUGAGAAAUUUAUUAAUGAAGCUGGACAGGCUUGCAAUUAGAAUAAGUUGAUUAUUGCAGGAAGAAUUAGCCUUAGUAGCAAUCCCUUAUGAAUAAGAGGAAUAGCUUGACAAAGUGACACUUUAGUGAGCUUUAGAUACUGUGUAACAUAAAUAAUAGGAAUUGGCUUGUUUGGCAAAAGUUUUACUUAACUUAGAGGCAGUUCUGGCACUGGAAGGGUUAAUUCACCCAAUGGAGGAGAAAUUAGAAGUCCGUUUUAACAAGCCGAGAACUAGGAGUGGAGAGUGUGGAAGUCCGUUUUAACAAGCCAAGGUCUGGGAGUGGAGAAGGUAGAAAUCCGUUUUACAAGCCGAGGUCUAGAAGUGGAGCAGGUAGGAUCAAAGUAGAGCAGCUGAUCUCUCUGCAGCACCUGUGCGAAUAAUCCAGCCCUUUGAAUCUGGCGCGGUCUUCCUAAAUAUCGUGGAGGGACCGCGUCAGAAAAAAGGGGCGGGGCUAAGCGCCGUGAACCCGGAAGUGGGUUCCGACGGCGAAAUACAUGCCAUGUUAUACGUGUGUGUGUGUGUGUGUGUGUGUGUGUGUAUAUAUAUAUGUAUAUGUAUAUGUAGCAUAUGUGUAUUUCCUUGCACUCAAGCUCAAAAAGUACAUACCUGGUGCUUGUAAUCCAGGGAAAAAUCAGAUAUCGAUAUAUCAGGCAUGACCAGCACUCAUGGUUUUGAUAAUGUUUAAAAAGUUAUAAAUUUAAUCCAUUAGUAUUAAAAAAAUUGACAGCUCGACGUUUCAGUCCUCUUGUGGGACUUUCAUCAGGAAUAAUAAUCAUAUAUAACAAAUACACAUAUAUACAAAGGAAAUAAUUCAGAGAAAAUUAGCUUACCCACCGUUGUAUCUAAUUCAGAGUACCGCCCGCGUCCCAAAGUGUCCUGUGCGCAUGCGUGUACAUGCUCCGCCUUACGUUGGCGUGAUUACGUGACGUCCGCCGCCAUUAGGACAGGAAACAAAACCGGAGCCCCAUGGCAACCUGGACGCAUACCUUGAAAAAGAAUAUAGUGCCUGAUCCUAUACAAACCAACGCCAUGGGGACAGGAAACAAAACCGGAGCUCCAUGGCAACCUGGACGCAUACUGUGAAAAAGAAUAUAGUGCCUGAUCCUAUACAAACCAACGCCAUGGGGACAGGAAACAAAACCGGAGCUCCAUGGCAACCUGGACGCAUACUGUGAAAAAGAAUAUAGUGCCUGAUCCUAUACAAACCAACGCCAUGGGGACAGGAAACAAAACCGGAGCUCCAUGGCAACCUGGACGCAUACUGUGAAAAAGAAUAUAGUGCCUGAUCCUAUACAAACCAACGCCAUGGGGACAGGAAACAAAACCGGAGCUCCAUGGCAACCUGGACGCAUACUGUGAAAAAGAAUAUAGUGCCUGAUCCUAUACAAACCAACGAGUUAUUUAAAGUGCCUCAAAGGUAGAAAUGUGCAUAAUGAAGAUAUAAUCUAGUCCCACUAGAUAACAUCCUUGUGUGUAAUAUCAUUAUUCAUGAUUAUAUCUAUGUAGACGGGCCUUAUAUAUAGAGACGAAGUCUCCUAUAUUAAAGCAAGUGCUUGAUAAGUGCUACAAGGGAGACGGGAUUAUUUCUCAUAAAGGUGCUAUGUCAAGUUAAAGAGGUAAAGUGAAUGAGUGCAGUUUACCAUAAGGUGCAAUAGCAUAUAAAGAGAGAGAAUUAACAAUUAAAGUGCAAAUGAACAUCCAUUAAAUAGAUAGUAGAUACAUUGAAGUGUGACUAUAAUUAUGUGCUCAACAAAAAGUGCUAAAUAUACACCAGUUGUAUAUUGUGUAUCAAGGAAGGGCAGGCAUAGGAAUCUAGAAAGAAAAAUAAAUUAUACAAACCAUACACAUUAAAGCAUAUUAUGCGUAAAUAUGUUAGAAGACAUAGUUAUCAUAAAAUAUAGAACAAAGCAUAACAAUUAAAAUCAAAUGUUACAAGUGACUUAAUGAAUGAUAUGAAAUCAUCUCAUUCAGUCCUUUAGGGGCUAUAGUGUCAGGAGAAGUUUGCCUCUAUCCCCACCACGUUUAGGCGGAGGGAUGUGGUCUAUAGCCAAACAUUUGAGGGCUGAAAGAGGAUGUUGAAAAGCAAGACAAUGUUUGGCCACAGGUUGAUCAGAGGUGCCAUCACGAUAGGCCACCCUUAUACUUGACCUAUGCCCCCUAAUUCUCUCACAUAAAGGAGUCUCAGUUUUACCGAUCUAUGAGAGUCCACAUGGACAAGACAACUUGUAGAUCACAUAAGGAGUCUUACAGGUAAUCGUAAAGCGUAUCUGGAAAGUCUUAUUCCUAUGUGGAUGCUGAAAAGUACGAGAUGGAGUCAUAUGUCCACAGGUAACACAACCCAGACACCGGAUGCUUGUAGCGGUACUUACCUUACCCAGGGGGCGGCCGAGGUCCUCUCUUCCCUCCGCGCACGGCUCUUGGAUGAAGGCGGGCACAGAGCGUGAGAUGCGGUCACGUGUCCCGCCUAGCUCUAAGAGCGUGCUGCGCAUCUCGGGCACGCUCUUAAAGGGGCAGUGGGAGCCAAAAAAUACAACGGUCUCCCAUUGGCCCCACUCACAUUUUGGGGGCGUGGAUAUGACAGGGGCCAAUCAGAGUAAAGGUUAGGGUAUUUAUACUUACCUCUCCCUUAACUCCCUGCCCUAUCGUGGUUUCUGUUUCAGUUCCUUUUAGCGCUUGUUGUGUUCAGUUGUGAUUUUCAUGCUUGACCUUGGCUUUGUAUCUGACUUCGUUUUAUCUCUCUAUCCCUGUUUUGUCUUGUUUGCCGGCUUUCUGACUACUGUGUACCAGACCUUGGCUAGUUUUUGUUCUCGCAGUCUCUUUGUUCCCUUGACCUCGGCUUGUUCUUGACUCUGUCUAUUCUCUGCUCUACGUCGAGUCCGGCCAUUCUAAGGUCCGGUAAGACGUAUCUGCUCUAUCUGUCGAUUGUUGGACUAAAUCUUGCGUGUUGGGGUAAACUACCGUGACAUUACGAUAGGGCCAUGGACCCGCAGAUUUAAGUCAGCAAUUGGCUUCUCAUGAGGCUAGAUUUACAGAGCAGGAUCACCGUAUGGAUCAGAUAGCUCAGACCCUCCAGACACUCUUAUCUAGAACUACUCCGGUAAGAGUACCAACUCCUACUGCACCCGUUGUUCCAGAUGUAUCCACCAUACCUAAUGCUUCUGCACAUUUAACCCCUCCACCUAGGUAUGGAGGGGAUGCUAAGACAUGCAGGGGAAUCAAGUGGAAUUCCACUUUGAGAUGUAUCCACGUUCCUUUCCCACUGAUAGAUCUAAAGUUGGAUUCCUUAUGCACCAACUUACUGAUAAAGCACUUGAGUGGGCAAAUCCUAUUUGGGAGGCUAAUGGGCCUAUGGUGCAUGAUUUCAAUAGCUUCCUUAUGGCUUUUCGUAGAACCUUUGACACAACUAAAAGGUCAAAAAAUGCCGCCAGGGCAUUAAUGAGAAUUAAACAGGGUUCUAGGUCUGUUGCUGAUUAUGCUAUUCAGUUUCGUACCUUUGCUUCGCAGGUAGAUUGGACCAACAAUGGGCUAAUUACAGCAUUUAUGGAAGGUCUAUCUGAUACUAUAUUGGAUGAGGUAGCAGCUAGGGAUCUUCCUAUCCCAUUAGAGGACCUUAUCGACUAUCUCAUUGAUAUAGACAAUAUGAUUCGUGAUAGACUGUAUACUAAGAAUAGGAAUAGACGUUUUGCUACAUUAAAUACUCCUAGAGUUGCUAAUCCUGAGAGUUCCAAGGUAUCAGAGGAGGAACCCAUGCAAUUAGGGGUUGCCAAACUCUCUGAUGCUUAAAAAUUGUAUAGAAGAAAGGAGAGACUUUGCCUGUACUGUGGUAAGAAGGGCCAUAUGCUAAAAGAAUGCCCCGUGCUUCCGGAAAACUAUCGCACCUAAGGCCAUAUAGGGGACUGGCCUUGGGUGUGAUAUCUAAGUCCCCAAAAUUGCCUCUUAAUUGACUACUUCUCCCUGUUUUUCUGCAUCUGGAGAAUAAUUGCAUAGCAAGAAACAUUCUAGCCCUGGUUGAUUCCGGGGCAGCUGAGAAUUUCAUAGAUUCUAGAUUUGUUAGGGAACACAACAUACCCAUUAGAGAGAAGACACCCUUGGCCGUUGAGGCCAUAGAUGGUAGACCAUUAUGCUCCCCAGUUGUCACACAUGAACUGAACCGUUGCAUAUGUAUACAGGGAUGUUACACUCAGAAACCAUUCAGUUUCAGGUCAUCACCUCUCCUUCCUCUCACAUUGUGUUAGGGUACCCAUGGUUACGUUCUCAUAAUCCCAUUUUUGACUGGGAGUCAGGACAAAUAGUAUCUUGGAUUGAAACCUGCCAAGAGUCUUGUAUCGUUAAAAUCACCCCUUUAAAUUCUAUUAAUGUUCCUACUACUCCUCCUUUGUCUGUUAUACCUCCUCAGUGCAUGUGUCUUAAGUCUGUCUUCGAUAAAGGGGAGGCUGAAAAAUUACCGCCUCAUAGACCCUACGAUUGUGCAAUUGAAAUACUGCCUGGCAUUAUACCUCCCAAAGGCAGGGUGUAUCCUUUGUCUCCUCAAGAAAACCGUGUCAUGGAGGAAUAUAUUAAAGAAUCUCUACAAAAGGGAUUUAUAAGGCAGGGGCAGGGUUCUUCUCCGGCAGGGGCAGGGUUCUUCUUUGUGUCAAAGAAGGAGGGCGAUUUAAGACCUUGUAUUGAUUAUAGGGGUCUAAAUAAAAUCACCAUAAAAAAUGCUUACCCUAUACCAUUAAUCACGGAAUUAUUCGACAGGCUUAAACAAGCUACUGUGUUUACUAAACUGGACCUUAGAGGUGUGUACAAUCUCAAACGUAUAAAAAAGGGCCAUGAAUGGAAAACUGCAUUCAAUACUAGGAGUGGUCAUUACGAGUAUACUGUGAUGCCAUUUGGUCUUUGUAACGCCCCAGCAGUGUUUCAAGAAUUUGUUAAUGACGUCUUACGAGAGUUCAUUCACUCAUUUGUGAUGGUGUACUUGGACGACAUAUUAAUAUAUUCAACAGAUUUACAUACUCAUCACAUGCAUGUUAAAACAGUCUUGAAAACUCAUCUUGUUAAUGGUCUUUAUUGUAAAUUAGAAAAAUGUUUAUUUGAUCAAUCCGAAGUCCAGUUUUUGGGUUAUUUAAUUUCUGCUAAGGGUUUUCGUAUGGAUCCUCAGAAGCUUUCUGCUGUCAUGGAAUGGCCUCUACCUCAGGGCCUGAAAGCCAUUUAGCGUUUUCUUGGUUUUUCCAACUAUUAUAGAAGCUUUAUUAAAGGUUUUUUCUUCUAUUGUAGCGCCUAUAACCCGUAUGACUAAAAAGGAUGGUAAUACUCGUGUCUGGUCCCCAGAGGUGCUUGAGGCUUUUACAUUUCUUAAGACUACUUUUGCCUCUUCUCCUAUUUUACAGCAUCCUGUUCCUUCUUUCCCUUAUAUUCUUGAAGUUGAUGCUUUUGAUAUUGGGGUGGGUGCUGUCUUAUCUCAAAGAGAAUCACCUGAUAAGCCAUUACAUCCUUGUAGCUUCUUUUCCAAGCAGAUGUCCAAAGCCGAAAAGAAUUAUGACAUAGGCAAUCGAGAACUCCUUGCUAUUGUUUUAGCACUUAAGGAGUGGAGACAUCUUUUGGAGGGUACUAAGGACCCCAUCCUCAUUUUUACUGAUCACAAAAACCUUUCCUACCUUAGUGAAGCCAAAAGAUUGUCUUCUAGGCAGGCCAGGUGGUCACUCUUCUUAUCUCAUUUCAAUUAUAUCAUCACCUACAGACCAGGUGAUCGUAACACUAAAGCCGACGCUCUGUCCAGACAAUUUGAAACUACCGACAAACAAGAAUUUGACGAUACCCCUGUCAUUCCCCCGGACAGAAUAAUAGCUACUACAGUUCUAUCUGUUUCUUCUUCACUCUUACAAGUUAUAGAGGCUAAACAAAACAUGGCACCCAGUGAGAAACCUGCUGAUAAACUGUCUGUUGACAUUCCCGAAAGACGAGACAUUAUGUCGUUAUAUCAUGACACCAAAACUGCUGGACAUCCUGGUAUUUCUAAAACCUUAACAGCAGUUUCUAGAUAUUUUUGGUGGGCUUCCUUACGCAAGGAUGUCACCGAUUACGUUUGGGCAUGUACUACUUGCGCCAGUAUGAAGUCUUCUCAUAGGGUUCCUUGUGGGUUGUUGCACCUGUUGCCCAUACCCGAGAGGCCUUGGUCCAAUCUAUCCAUGAAUAUUAUUGUUGAAUUGCCUCCUUCGAAUGGCAAAACAGUCAUCUUGAUGAUAGUGGAUCGAUUUUCUUAGAUGGCUCAUUUUGUGUCUCUUGUUAAAUUGCCCUCAUCGAAGGAACUUGCUUAUAUCUUCGCCAGGGAGGUUUUUCGUAUCUGUAUUUCGGAUCUGUAUCUGUUUUUCGUAUUCGUAUUUGGUAUUCUGUAUCAAUUGUAUCCGAUAGGGGUAGCCAAUUUAUUUCCAGAUUCUGGAAAGCUUUUUGUUCAGAGAUGGGUAUUUCUUUCUCGUUUUCCUCCGCUUACCACACCCAGACUGGCUGCUGAACGUGCCAACCAGUCCCUAGAGCAGUAUCUUCGUUGUUUCGUAUCCCACCAUCAGAACAAUUGGGCUGACCUUCUUCAUUGGGCUGAGUUUGCUCGUAACAAUGCUGCUCAUGAAUCUUCUGGUAAAAGCCCUUUCUACGUUGUUUAUGGCCAGCAUCCUGUUGUUCUUCCAGCUGCAUUCUUCUUACAGGGCAUGCCAGCUCUGGAUGAACAUUUGGCUGGUUUACGUACUACUUGGGAGCAGGUUCAGCAUUCUUUGGUGGACUCCGCUGCUCGCCAAAAGGUUCAAGCUGACAAGCAUCACAGGGAGGCUCCAUCCUAUGUCGUGGGGGAUAGGGUUUGGCUUUCAACUCGCAAUAUCCGCCUUCGUGUGCCUUCUAUGAAGUUGGCUCCCCGUUUUAUUGGUCCUUUUCGUAUUUUGCAUAGAGUCAAUCCUGUUUCAUAUGCCUUGAAUCUUCCUAGGAACCUACGUAUUCCUAACGUCUCUCACAUCUCCUUGUUGAAGCCCCUCCUGUGUAACUGCUAUACCCGGCAUGUUCCUCCUCCCCCUCCUGUUUCUGUGGAGGGUCAUGAGGAAUUCGAAGUAGCGGCUGUGCUUGACUCUCGUUUUCUCAGGGGUCACCUCCAGUACCUGGUGCAUUGGAAGGGUUAUGGGCCUGAGGAACGUAGUUGGCUUUCCGCUGACGUUGUUCAUGUUCCUCGCCUUGUGCGUUCCUUUCAUUCUCGUUUUCUGCCAGGCCUGGUCCUCCCCGCCCGGUGGGCAUGUCUUCGGGGGGGGUACUAUAGCGGUACUUAACUUACCUGGGGGCCGGCCGAGGUCCUCUCUUCCCGCCGCGCACGGCUCUCGGAUGAAGGCGGGCACGGACCGCGAGAUACAGUCACGUGUCCCGCCUAGCUCUAAGAGCGUGCCGCGCGUUUCGGGCACGCUCUUAAAGGGGCAGUGGGAGCCAAAAAAUACAACGGUCUCCCAUUGGCCCGUGUCAUCCCACAUUCCCCAUACACUCACAUUUUGGGGGCGUGGAUAUGACAGGGGACAAUCAGAGUAAAGGUUAGGGUAUUUAUACUUACCUCUCCCUUAACUUCCUGCCCUAUUGUGGUUUCUGUUUCAGUUCCCUUUAGCGCUUGUUGUGUUCAGUUGUGAUUUUCAUGCUUGACCUUGGCUUUGUAUCUGACUCCGUUUAUCUCUCUAUCCCUGUUUUGUCUUGUUUGCUGGCUUUCUGACUACUGUGUACCAGACCUUGGCUAGUUUUUGUUCUCGCAGUCUCUUUGUUCCCUUGACCUUUGCUUGUUCUUGACUCUGUCUAUUCUCUGCUCUACGUCGAGUCCGGCCAUUCUAAGGUCCGGUAAGACGUAUCUGCUCUGUCGAUUGUUGGACUAAAUCUUGCGUGUUGGGGUAAACUACCGCGACAAUGCUACCCCGACUCUGUAUUUCAAUAUUUCUUUCAUAGCUCUUUGUAGGGUCCGUAUGGACCAAAAGAUUCCUUAAGUUCUUAUUCCUUCGAUAGCAUAUGAGAGGGGGUUCCUUAAAAACUUUGGGGAGUGUGUCGUCACAUGCCAACAUUUUACAAUUAUCCUUGAUGAUUUUUGUGAUCACUGGAGAUGCGUCGUGGAAAGUGACAGGGAAGACCAACUCUAGUAGAGCAGAAUUCUUCAACAAUCCUGAGAGAUCAAUCUCUACCACUCAAACUGGGUCCUCAUGCUUUAAGAUUAAAUCUAGCUUUGAUCCAUAUACAAAUAAGGCAUCAAUUAAAACCUAUCUCUCUAUUGUUGAUCAUCUUGCACAGGAAGCCAUUGGCACUCAUAGGUGUAAAUACAAGAAUAUUACAGCUCAACAGUCCCAAUACAUUAAGAAUUUAGCCAACGAUCACUCUAUCAUCCGGCCGGCUGAUAAAGGUGGAGGGAUUGUCAUCAUGGAUUAUUCAUACUACACAGGAGAAAUCAAGCAGCAAUUACAGAAUGCUACAAUCUACCAACCAUUAUUGGGUGAUCCUACGGAUAGGAUCAAGAAGAAAGUGGAAAUCAUCCUUAAAAUGGGUGUGGAAUCCGGUUGGAUUGAUACACAAUUGAGUCAAUAUCUUUUGAAACCUCAACCCCGUACUCCCAUUAUCUGUACACUUCCGAAGAUUCACAAGAACCCAGUUAAACCACCUGGAAGACCCAUUGUUUCGGCGAUAGAUGGACUUCUAGAACCAAUUGCCAAAUGGCUUGACUCACUAUUCCAAGCUCAAUACUUGUAUAAAAGAUACGCCCAGCCUCAUUACAAAGCUGAAACAACUUGAUCUGAAAAAGGAUACUACAAUACUCAUUGCUAUGGAUGUGGGUAGUCUAUAUACGGUAAUCCCACAUAAACAAGGCAUAGAAGCCAUGAGAACAGUCCUGACGUCAUCUACAUCUUAUCAAGGACCACCUAUAGAGUUUGUACUCGAGCUACUUGCCCUGGUGUUAAACAAUAACUACUUUCGUUUUGAGGAUAGGUGGUAUAUGCAGAUUUCGGGUACAUCCAUGGUGGCGGCAAUGGCCCACAAGAGGACCGAAACGUCGAGCUGUCAAUUUUUUUAAUACUAAUGGAUUAAACUUAUAACUUUUUAAACAUUAUCAAAACCAUGAGUGCUGGUCAUGCCUGAAUAUAUAUAUAUAUAUAUAUAUAUAUAUAUAUAUAUAUAUAUAUAUAUAUAUAUAUAUAUAUAUAUAUAUAUAUAUAUAUAUAUAUAUAUAUAUUUAUAUAUAUAUAUAUAUAUACACACACACAGUUUGUAGGCUUAGCACUCCUGCUUCAUGUCUUUAUCGCCCAGUGCUCGACUCAUUCUUUUUUUUGUCUCUCCUGUCUUCCUGACUAUCCUCAAUUUUUAAAGAAAACCUUAUCUUAAGUUUCUUUACGUUACCAAUUUAAAGUGACCAUAGGGAUUAGGUGGGUGUACCGUCUUCUACUGCUUGUCUUAUAGACUUUGAUCAAUAGAUGGCGUUGUAGCUUCACAAGAAUUUCUCAUUAUGAAUUCCAACUACCACUUUGUAUAAGGGGUUAAUUGAAUUUCGUGAUGCAUUUGACAUCACAAAUCUUUUCUUUAUGGGUACCUUUCAUCGAAGUAACUGUCAGACUUCAAAGAAAUUUUGUUCUUUUUUAAUAGAGUGGCCGCCUCCUUUUUGGCCAUAAAGUAUGACUUUUGACGCAUCUGGACUUUGGUUCAACUUUCUCAAACAAUGGUUUCUUGUAGGGAUCCAUUAAGUUUAAAAACUAAAAUUUAAUUACUUGGGUAAUAUCUUUCUGGUAAUCCUGUGUCUGGUUUUCUUAGUUACACUGUCUCAUAGUGUGAAACUAUGUGUCUAUUAGUAAUGUGACCGCAUGUGAUGUAUACAUGUCUUUUACACACAUUCAGCUAAUAUUAGUUUAACAAUAUUGAAAUUUAUUCAUUGGGAUUCUAUCUAUGAAUAUUCAAUAUUUACUAUAAAUAAAUACUAUUUAUAUAUGAUUAAACAGAAUUAUAGUUAGUAUAUGUUGAGGAUAUAUAUAUAUAUAUGUGUGUGUGUGUGUGUGUUCGGAACAUUUCAAGGACGUCAGGAACAAUAAUAAAGAAGCGAUAGUAGUAAGAGCAAAGUCAUUUGAGGUGUGCCGAAACUGACGUGAGGUUAGACCUGUAAAAGAGGGCAAGAAUAUAAGAAGCAAUUCUUACAAGUCAGAUAUGUUUAUUCAGCAGAUCAUUAUUUAGACAUUUCACAGAAUGCCAAUCUUAUUUCUUUCUCAGGAUUGGGGAUAUUUGUUGUAUGCAGAUGAUUUCCCCUGACCCAUAUUUUAAUGAUGUGAGUUGGUACGUGAUUACCGGAGGCAGCUGUGCCUGCUCCAAUGAGGAAUAAAUGGCCCGAGAAGGAAUGAGGGUUAUGUCCUAGUCGGAGUGAUAUUGUACGACUGUAAAGCAUAAAAUGUUUAUUGGUUAGGGCUUUCCCUUGAAAAGCUACUAGUGGGGAAUGCAUAAUCUACGGCACCUGAUGCGUCAGUCCGGACCACAGGGGAAUCGUCAGAAACACGGGGAACAAGUAGUGACCUGCCAUUCCAAGAGGACAGGAACAGACGCUCUAGCUGGUUUGUCUAAGAGAGCUGUGGAGUCGUCGACAGAGAGGCCAUGCGAGAGAGAGGAUUCUGGAAAUUAAAGACUUACCUUGUGGAAUUAUUCUCCCCGCAAAAUUGAGUGAACUGGGUAGUGACUGUAGCUCAUUACUGGUGCAAGUGUCUUGUGACGUGCAGAUGUUGAUGUAAGAAAGAAUUCUAUCUACUUACACUUGUGGCAGGUUGGCCUGCAUGGAAAUAGAACAGAGUGUAAACCCCGGGAAUUUGAUCUGUGUUUUGUCCGGGCUGCGGGUACUCGUAAUCUUUGAACAGAGUGAACAUGUGAUUCAGGCUGUGUGGCGUGCUUUGGUGUGGUUCAAUGGUGAGGAAGUUGUCUCAGUAGUGUAAGACUACUGGACAUCUGCAUAUGUUCCGUAGGAGCCAGGUUUAAGAUUUUGGCGAAGAAUGUUAGUCUGGUAACGAAAUAGUGGCUGUCUUCCCACUUAACUCCAUGUAGAUGCCAGAUUGACUGAAGAAUGGGUAGUAAUUUACACGUGUUAGUAAAUUCUGAUUUACAUAACCAGGCAGCCUUCCCGGAAUGAAUGAUUUUGUCCUCCAGGAGAUGAAAAAGUAGUAGGCCCUAUCAAGAAACCGUUGGUGAUUUCACUAAGUAAGAGUUUUGUACUCUGAUGGGAACUGUGAGUGCUGACUGUAGGAUGUGUUUCAAAAUAAAUAUGUGGAGUGACACAAACCCUGUGUAAAACCCGUUAGUAGACGUGAGAAAUUCUACCAGACAUAAAGAAGGAUGAGUAGACAGGUAGCAUUGUAGAUUAGGAAAGUUUAUUGGUCCCCCUCUGGUGACCGGGGGCGUGUCUGACUUCCGUCCAUCUGUGUGAGGUCGGGUGCGGUCGCAUGGAGUAGGAGCUUGCAAUCCAGCUCCAACUCGCUGAGGCUGAAAAGAAGCAGGAACUUUGCAUAGAAAACGGCACAGACGUGGAGUAGUGUGGAGAUAUGGUGAUAUAAUAGUGGAAUUAAUCAUCAAAAGAGAGGCUUGAGCUGUAGCUGUAGCUUGUGAAAACCUUGUGAAAAACCACUUGCAUAAUUGAGAACGGAGAAAAGUGAGCAGCAGACAGGAAGCACGGUGAGCGGCAGUCGGGCUGUGCACCUGUGUGUAACAGGCUGAGAGGAAGCUGAGCGUUAGCUCUGAAAUAAAAAAAAACUUUUUCUACAAGUUAUAUGUCAAAAAUUAUAUGCCUUAAGAAAAGCUUUAAAAAAAAAAAAAACGGAACAGGAGCAGUGAGGCAGCAGCAGGGAAGUUUGUACGAAAGUGUGUUUGACACGAACGACUGCUAUGUGUAUACUGAUGGGUAAACAUAAGGGUUUAUACGCACGGAUAACUUUAGACGAACGCCGGUUAGCACGAAUUGUAGCGGUAUGUAGAUGAAAGAUUAACAUGAGCGAUUUAGCCGAAUGAAAUAUUUUUCAACGAACGUGUGAGUUUGAUGACAAGUAUGGGUCGCGAAAUGAUAGAGUAUAACUUACGGUUAGCUGUUCGUAUGCUGGCUUCCCUUGUUAUACUCACGAACUCCGUAAGCAGAGAGAGUUUUUUUGCAAACGGACUGCCGGCGGGCAGGAAAAUUACGUCGGGGUCCAGUGAACCGGAAGUAAACAGAAUCACUUCCGAGAUCGUCGACGACGGGUAAGCAGGGGCUCACUGGUUUAAGUAGGGUUCCAUGUACCUCCCACAAUUACAGGCCAAGCCAUAAAUAUACAUACAUACAUACUGUGUAUAUCUAAACAAGAACAAUAAAGUAUACACACUAUAAUUGUAUAAAGAUCAUAUAUAAGGGAGAGAUACCAGGUGUACCUCACUGACACCUAAAUUACAUAUAAUAGAAAAGACAAAGUGGAAACACCUCCCAAAUACGUGAUAAUAUAUGCAUAAAUACAAAUAACGUGAGAUAUAGGUAGUAAUUCGCAAACAGAAUCUGUAUGAAAAAUUAAAAAACUAACAUAGCGUAAUACAGUACUAAGUAAGUGAGUGGUAUGUUAGUGAAAAUAAGUGCACUCACAAACAAAAUAUGAAACCAGGCUUCUCACCCUCCAAAGGGUAGCAAUCUUAGUGAGUAGUCCUCCUCCGUAGGAUAUAUAAAAGAAUAGGAAACAAAUAUAGUGAAGCAUGUAAUUAUAUUACAAAAUCGUAUUUAUUGGUCUCACUUACAAGUGAAGAAAACUAGCAGGCAUAUCUCCAAAUAACAAAAUAAGUAUAGUUUAAAACCAUAUAGUUAAAAAACAUAUACCACCGGGGGCGCCACAGUCACAAACAUGUGAAUAUAUUUACCACAUAGUAUUCAUGGGUAUUCAUGUAAAGAGAUAAAAACAGAAAUAUAUAGUGAAGUAUUUAAUAACAGGUAAAACAGAAUAAUAAAAAAAAAACAAAUACACUCACAAAUGUAGUUGCACAACAAGGACGUAUGUCUUAAUUGUGCUAAAAAGGCUUGUCAGCCCUUUCCUGGGCUAAAGUCCCCUUCUCACUGCAGGAUCCAAGUUUUCAAAGUUCCAGAGACUCAGUAGUAAUUCAAGCUGGAUCUGAUCCGAAAAAUACUGGGAAUGCUGGAGACACUGGCAAGCUUUUCACCGCUCAACGCGUUUCGUCCGAUCGACUUUUUCAAGAGGAAGUCCCUUUUUUGUCAGACGAAACGCGUUGGAUAGACAUUUUGAGCUUAUAUAUGCUAUUUGUUUCUAUAUUCUAUAUGUAGUUUUUAUAUUUAUUUUAAUUUUAUUUCAACUGUAUCCUGCCUGUUCCAUUGGAUCUUCUAUUGGACUUUUUUUACAUCGUUCUGGGAGUCCCAUGUUAUUUGGAGAUAUGCCUGCUAGUUUUCUUCACUUGUAAGUGAGACCAAUAAAUACGAUUUUGUAAUAUAAUUACAUUCUUCACUAUAUUUGUUUCCUAUUCUUUUAUAUAUCCUACGGAGGAGGACUACUCACUAAGAUUGCUACCCUUUGGAGGGUGAGAAGCCUGGUUUCAUAUUUUGUUUGUGAGUGCACUUAUUUUCACUAACAUACCACUCACUUACUUAGUACUGUAUUACGCUAUGUUAGUUUUUUAAUUUUUCAUACAGAUUCUGUUUGCGAAUUACUACCUAUAUCUCACGUUAUUUGUAUUUAUGCAUAUAUUAUCACGUAUUUGGGAGGUGUUUCCACUUUGUCUUUUCUAUUAUACUGUGUAUAUCUAUUUGUGUCUGGGCUGGGCUCUUUCAACCCCCCUUGUUCCCACUUAAGGUUUACAUUAGCCUGCAUUCCAGAAUUUAUUUAUUCAAUGAAACAAAAAAUGUCUCUCUGCAUUUUGUUACAAAAUGGAGUCACAUCUGCUAUUUAGUAACUUUACAGUAUACAUUUUUUAUUUCAAUCCUAUCACAAAAUAUCUGAGAAGACAGACACACACUAAUACAUGCACACAUAUACACACGAAGAAGAGGGGGAGGAGGGGGGAGGAAGAAGAAGAAGAGGGGGGAGGAAGAAGAAGAGGGGGAGGGGGAGGAGGGGGGAGUGUAGCGGGACCUGUUCCUUGUGUCCUGUUCCCAGGCUGAGACAACACUCUCAGGACUUUUCCCCUAUUUUCAUCUCCCUGCAAGCUGGACCAGCAGACACAGGGGUUAAAUCUCCUGAAUUCCCUGUAAGCUGAAACCGCAGACACAGGGGUUAAAAUCUUCCUCCCUCCAUGAAAAAGGCUGACACAGUUUGGAGGUUUAAACACUGGCAUCUCACCAGGCUGAGUCACACUCUUUAAUGAUUACAGCUUCCUUUUGUAACGGAUCACAUGGCACCCCGACUGGGUACCUCCUUUGAAGGAUGCUCCUAGCGCUUACAGAGGGCUCCAAGCACUCCAACCGACACCAUAACCACCAUAGACUCCUUCAGAGAGCAAGACCGGAACAAGCUCUUAAGAGCAUUGACGUGAUUAUCCAAGGGAGCAUGCAGAGCAUAGCAAUCCCUUGUAGUGAUAUAGCAAUUCCCCCAAUAAGAGACAGGACUCUAGAUUGAGGGUGAAGAAGAACUCUGGUUUAAUGACACAUACUCUGCUUUUAUGCAAUUCUCCCAUGCAAGGGAGACGCCCACAGACAAUUAUACAUUAGCCAAUCAAACAAUGGUUACAACCCACAGAUUCCCUCCCCUCAGCCUGAGAAGCAACACAAUUAGCCGUACAGUUUAAAACAUACUUUUUACCCAACUUUCAUAACUCUAAAACUAUACAUCCAAUAUUAAUAGUCACGUAUUAUUAAUCAGCACAUUUCAAAUACAAACGUACCCAAAAAUCAUUUGAAUCCGUUCAGCCGUUCGGGAGAUAGAUAUAAGUCAAUUUUGACUGACCGCAAGCACAUUUUCAUGCCCAAAACAGUUCCAUGGUUUUGGGCUGUGCGGUCGGUCUAUUUUACACUGAGAAAAUGACCAAGUCCCAUUCAAACGAGCGUUCGAAUCUUCGAACGGAACUUAGUCUCCAGCCGCAGUGUCGAAGUAGAGGAGGAGCCGACUCUUCUACCUUCUGGGGGCCCGUGGCGACCUGAGUCCCAUCCUCGGCCCCCCCUUGGGGUGGGCAGAGGCUACCUGCACUCUGCCCAGAGGCCCGCGCCUCCACACCAACUGGCUCCUGAGGAAGGAGCGAGCAGAGGCGAGGUGCACUCUGCUCUGAUGCCGGAGCACCCUUAGGGAAAGGGGUAGCGGCCACUGUAGCUUCACUUGCUACCUGCUGACCCGACCCAGGCCUCUGGACUCCGCUCCUGGGAGAGUCGGAGGAGCCAAUUCUUCUACCUGCUGGGUGCCCGUGGUGACCGCAGUCCCAGCCCCGAUACCCUCCGUACCUGUGUUUAUCUCUCCUGAUAACUCACACUGCCGCUGGGGAACGAGACCGGUUGUCUCCGUUCCCUGCACUUGGCACUGCCGCUGAGGAAGAAGGACUGGGUGCUUCUCUCCCUGUAACACACACUGCCGCUGAGGAGGAAGGACGGCACCUUUGGCUCCCUUGGGCUCCCUGGACUGCUGGGGAGAGGGACCAACUGUCUCCUCUCCUAAGGGCACACUCUGCCGCUGGGGAGGAAGGACGGCACCUUCGGCUCCCUGGGGCUUCCUUUUGGCCAAAUCUGCUUUGAACUGCAGGUACUCUGCCACUCCUUUCCUCGUGCUCUGUACUUAUCUCUGGAUUGGGUCCGAAGAAAGCCAGCAGACUCUUCAACAUAGCGUCAAACUCCUCUUGUGUAACUGGGUGCCAUGCUUGCUCUGUAGCUGUCCUUCUGGGCUGUGGGAAUGAUCCCGCCGCUUGCCACCAAUUGUAGCGGGACCUGUUCCUUGUGUCCUGUUCCCAGGACAGUUCAUAUAUUGUCUCAUACCUAGUGAGUCGCAACAUUGUUUAACUAUUUACCAUAGAAAUUAUCAUGGGUAUAUAUGGUUAAAUAUAUUUUCUUUGCUAUAGCAGCAGGCCUAGCAGUCCUUUUCACUACUUUUCACACUUUAAGGCCCACUAGAUGGUCCCUUUAGAUUUAUAUAGCAGUUUUAGUAUUUUCUCUUUUCUGUUUUUUUGAUUACUAAUAAAAUUGAAGUUGGUUUAUGUGCAAGUCAUAAUAGCUUAUUACGUAUGAUGUAGCACUGGGGAGGGGGCUCUGUGGAGUUCUAUCUCCUCUCCAGUUAUUAUUUUUUGGUUUCGAGAACAAUAAGUAAAUAGUGGUUCGAUUAGUAGAUUAUACAAAGGUAGUUAGUCUCCCAAUUUAUAAUUUACUGGCAGGCAAUAUACACUUCUUGCAUUUAGCUAGGUAUGUGCUUCAAGUGUGAAAGGCAAAACUUCAUGAUAUUUAGUGAUAUAAACACAGUAGUGUAAGUAAGCAUAGUUGAAUAUCAGUGUGUCGACAACAUGGAGCUUGGACGUAAAUAGGCUGUUCAAACUGACAGUGGGGUGAGCGAGAUUAACAAGAGUAAAGAGUAUAUGACCGCUAUGCAUUUUGACAUGUACUCCUCUAGAUUAGGCACAGAAAUUUAAACUGGACUACCAUGUCAGUAGUACAUUGUAGCUAGCUAGGUUCAGGCAUAGAAUCAUUUGGGUGGUGCAGCUUGGUUCCGCCGUGAUCGUGAGGUCUGACUUGUAGUUGCGACCUACUGAGCCUUUUUCCGGGUUGAAGGCAGUUUCUUGGUAGGGAGGUUGCUUGGCUGUCGUGAGGCAAGUGGCUGUGUUCUGGCCUCCAGCUUGCGCUAGAAAUUGUUGAAUAUUGUGUCCAGCCUCUGUAGGGCCCCAUGCUGUGGGUCUGUAUGAUUGGGGGGGAUACGUGGCGUCCGCCAUGCUGGGUGCUGCGCUGAGUUGUUGGCGCUUCAGUGUUGUCGCACCCUGCGCUCCCACUAGACUGUUUGCCUCCCUGGUAUGGACCGUGAUCACCCCCGACGGUCCGGGGGGGAGUAACGGGGCUCUUGUUUGUCAUGUGUCGGCAUCUUGUGGCCCCGGACCAGGAGAUCGGCCGCCUCUCCCGCCCGACAGGCACUAGGCCUCAUGUUGCAAGUAACGCUGCAUGCAGGCUUCAGAUGGGUCACAGACUGCAGUGUCUGUUCCCUACCCAAUCGUGGGUCAAGUAAGUCUAUUUUUGCCGUCCGUUUCAGGCUUUUUAGGGCUAAAAACAACAUUAAUUGCAAUGUUUUCUGAAGAGCUCUGCUGAAGCAUGUCUGUCCUCCAUGCUAGUCAGGCCCCGCCCCCUGUGACAAAGCUCUGUUUUAUGACUUUGUGUGUAUGAUUAUUGUCUUUAGGGUUGACUGUGACAGGGUGAGUAAAGGGGUAACUGUGGCAGGGUGAGUGUGACAGGGCAAAGGGGUGAAUGAAACAGGGUUGUGGGGUGAGUGGAACAGAAUGAGGGAGGGCAAGUGUGAUAGUUUGAGGAGGGAGUGUUACAGGGUGAGGGGAGGUAAGCGUGACAGGGUGACUUUGGCAUGGUUGGGGUGAAUGUGGCAUUGUUGGGGGAGUGAGUGUGAUAGGGAAAAGGAAGGUGAAUGUGACAGAUUUAAGGGGGUUUAUUGACCGGUUGAGUGUGACCGGAUUAGAGGUGCUAUUGCAACAGGGUUAGUGUGGCAUGGUUGGAGGAGGGAGUGUGACAGGAAGAAGAGUGGUGAGCGUGACCGUGAGAGAAAAAGUGAAUGAAACCAGAUUAGAGGGGUUAAUGUGAUAGGGUGAGCAUGGCAGGGUGAGGGGAGAUGAGUGUGGUUGUGUUGGAAGGGGUGAGUGUGACCUGAUCAGGGGGUGAGAGUGUGUGUGGGACGAUGGUGACAGUGUUUGAGGAUGGUGUUGGCAGAGUGUGUGGAAGGGGGUGACAGGUGGCAGAUUGAGGGGAGGGGGGGUGACAGGUGGCGCAGUGAGAGAAGGGAAGGUGACAGAUGGCAGGGUGAGGGAAGGGAGGUUGACAGGUAGCAGUUGUGGAGUUUUAUUUAAUGUACAAUAUACAUUGUAUAUAUGUGUAUGGUAUGGUGUGUGUGUGUGUGUGUGUGUGUAUAGAAUAUGAAUAUGCAUUUAGCUGUAUGAUGGGGGUGUGUGUGUAUAUGUAUGUGUGUGUGUAUAUGUGUGUGUGUGUGUGUGUACUAUAUAUAUAAUAUAUAUAUAAUUACACACACACACACACACACUGUAUUUUCUGGAGUAUAAGAUAACUUUUUAACCCUGGAAAAUCUUCUCCAAAGUCGGGGGUCGUCUUAUACGCCAGGUAUAGGGUCUAUAUGGCUGCCGGGGGCAUCCUGCGCCCCCAUCGCCGGCCCUUCUAAUGCUGCAGCCGCCUGAGCGCUCUAUAGAGAGUGCUCAGACGGCUGCCGCACUGCCUCUCUUCUCACCUCCUCUUCCUUGUGCAGAGUGGCUGGCCGAGCUCCUCUUCGUCCUGUCAGUCCGGCCGGGUACCGCGCGGUACAGGAGAUUCAGUUACCUGUUCCUGGCCGGACUGAAAGGAAGUGGAGGGAUAUCUGCACAGGGAAGAGGUGAGAAGAAUGUAGGGAGGAUUGGGGGGGGGGAGUAAAAAGAAUGGAUAAAAAGAAUAUAUCGCAAUUAGCCUCCUGUGUGCUAGACCAGCAGGCAUGGAUUAUAUGCCCAAACAGCCUGGCACAUACCUGGGCUUUAAAUGCUAUUUCAGAUUAUCAUUAUUUAAUGUCUUGCUGUGUAGCUCUGUCUGCUCACUGUACAUCAUGGCUAAUUUUUAUUUGGUGUGCAUUGGAAGAGGGGUAGUCUUAUAUGGCGAGUAUAUCCCAAACUCUAUAUUUUAACUGGAAAAGUUGGGGGUCGUCUUAUACGCCGGAAUAUACAAAAAAUAAAUAAGCAGGGCACUCCUCCUUUAAGAUAUUAGAGAAAGUAUAGAUGCCUAGGUGCAAUCCCGAAUUAUAUAUAAUAGUAAAAAAUAUACUAUUUUAUAUUUAUAUAUAUAUAUAUAUAUAUAUAUAUAUAUAUAUAUAUGUGUGUUUAAAGCCGCAGGCCUGUAUUUGUGGGAGGAGUUAGUGUUCCUAUAAAACGCUACUCCCCCUCUGAAACUCGUACUUCCGGUUUCCGGCCUCCAUUCGUAAUACCCACCAGUCUCCGUGUCUUCCGUUCGUGCAGACUCAGACGAACUACAAUCAAUCACCUUUCACACAAAUGAAACAAAGUGUCAAGGUAAUCGUCGAGGAAAGCCGCGUUUGCGCUAUUCCCGCUGUUUGGGCAUAUCUUCCUACUUAUGUUCGAACAAACAGGCGAACGAUUGCGGUUCACCAGACCUGCAAUACUAGAUUCGUGGCUAAAUCAAACAUAGCUAAUUCGUGCACAUUACUGUUACAUGAUUUCAGUUAGUGAAUGGGAAAGAUCACUGUAUAAUACACUUGUACUGCUAAACCAAUGCAGCUGGCUAACUGUUUAUGGGGGUAUUUCUCCUAGUUAUUCCAAGUUAAGACUAAAUUUACUAAUUAUAAUCUGCAAGUUACUUAUAGUGGUUAUGCAAGAUACAGAUUAUCAUUUUAUCUGUUUCGUUACUCUUAGUAAUUAGGUAUUCUACUACACUUAUGGUUGAUUUAUGCAUGUAGAAGGGGUUACUAUCCUGAUUUGGAUGGCAUUUUUUACAAUCAUUAGGAUAUACUUUCCUGCAGAUUUCCUGAAGGUCAUUCUACCCUAUAGGCUGGGUUAUCGGUUCGGUGUUUUCUCCUGUUUUCCUACCAGGUAUAAAAAAAUCAUUCACAUCUCUCUCUACUAAUUGCCUCUACACAGCCACGCUUCAUCUAUAAACGGGGUAUCAGGAAACGGAGACUUGAUUCCCGCCUUGCUUCGUUAGGCCACGGCUUCACUCGACCAAGACCAUCAUACGUUAUCCAAACUCACUACCUGUCAAUAAAGACUUGAUUCUUUGUUCACUGCUGGUAUCAGGACUAGUCACAGGUACCUCUUGUUCAUACCACCCUCCUCUUUGCCGCGGAUACUACCACGCUUAACCCCUUAAGGACCGAGGAUGGUUCAGGACCGUCAUCGGCAUUUUUGCGUUGCCGACCGCUGACGGUCCUAAUGGUGUAAUGUACUUACCCGAUCGCCGACGUUCCCCCGGCGGCGAUCGGCGGUGCUCCCGGUGUGGGGAGACUGCCUGCAGCCUAGACAGAUUAUAUUUAUAUCAAAAUACACUUAGAAUGACAUUGUGUGUGUGUGUGUGUGUGUGUGUGUGUGUGUGUGUGUGUGUGUGUAUGUAUGUAUGUAUGUAUAUAUAUAUAUAUAUAUAUAUAUAUAUAUAUAUAUAUAUGUAUGUAUGUAUAUAUAUGUAUAUAUGUAUAUAUUCCAUAUACAUAAUUAUAUAAAUAUGCAUAUAUAUUUAAAUUCUACGUGCGUAUUUAUGUAAUAUUUUUACAUAAUUUAAGUAAUUUUAUUGAUUGCAAUUUGAGGGACCUGUCUGUCAACCCAGGCCAAAAGUACAGAGAAUUUAAUUUGCUAGCAUUGUAUUUUACCCUGUAACUUUCUACGACACCCUAAAACCUGUACAUGGGGGGUACUGUUUAACUCGGAAGACUUCGCUGAACACCAAUAUUAGUGAUUCAAAACAGUAAAACAUAUCACAGCGAUGAUAUUGUCAGUGAAAGUGACUUUUUUUGCAUUUUUCACAGACAAACAGCACUUUUACUGAUGAAAGUGUUGUGAUACAUUUUCCUGUUUUGAACCACUAAUAUUUGUUGUCACGUGCGUGGGCUAUAGGCCCAGCUCAGACAGUGGGGAGAGUGUGGAAGUGACAGGGUUAAUGACACCAGACCCCUGGUUACCUGUUGCUAGUCCCAGCAACCACUCAAUUAACCCCUGCAAUCCCUUCUACACUAACCCCUUAGUACACACUUUACUGCCACCACCAAGACUUUUAAACCCGGGCGUCUUAGGUUACCCCACACACAGGAGAAUUAUAGUAUCACAGUUCUACUUUUACUGAUAAAACAUAUAUAGUUAACCCUUUUUGGUAACGUGUUUACCUGAGCUUUCCUCUGGAGAGUGAAGCUCAUAGAGAACAGAGACACAAGCUGAUUAAGUAAACAUUUAAUCUGACAAAAAGGAUUCACAGUGCUGAGUACAAAAUACAGAAAUAAAUGACAUACAGAUAACAAAUUGCAAAACAGUACAUAAAAUAAAAUAGGAGAAAACACAAGAAAUUCCUUACAUAUAUUUACCCCAUAUAGAAUUCUUGUGGGAGUCUUAGAUGGUAUAGGUCUCCUAGAAGUUACUGACAAAAGAAAAAUGAAUAACUGAACUCCCUGGAUAGUCCAGCACCCUCAUUAUAUAUCUAAACUAGUUUUUUUCUCAGUGGGCAGACCCCUGGGGGGGGGGAUUAGAGCGGGUUGGUCUGGCAGUCUAUUGCCUACUCUAUGAAAUUCCUUGUGUCCAGCUCUGGUGAUGGCUAUCUAGAUGUUUUAUGGUCUAGGCCUGGUGCAAGAUCAAAGACCACAAUAAAUGUCAUCCCAAGGUUUACAAAAAACAACUCUUAACAUAUAUAAACACACAUCAAACACCAACUCAUGCUUUUGGCAUGACAUUUGUGUUCAGCAAAGUCUCCAGAGCAUAACAGUACCCCCCAUGUACAGGUUUAAUUGCGUUUUUAAAAAUUACAGGGUCAAAUAUUUUUACUUUGAAAAUGGCCAGGUUGGUUACGUUGCCUUUGAGAGCAUAUGGUAGCCCAGGAAUGAGAAUUACCCCCAUGAUGGCAUACCAUUUGCAAAAGAAGACAACCCAAGGUAUUGCAAAUGGGGUAUUCAAUUUAGUUUUUUACUUUUUUCACACACAAACAAAUAUGAACGCUAACUUUAGCCAGUGUUUGAGACUAAGUGGCUACUAAAAAAGACUGGACAUACCCCAUUUUGAAUACCCUGGGUUGUCUACUUUAAAAAAAAUAUGUGCAUGUGGGAUGUUAUUCAGAGAUUUAUGACAGAAAAUAGUGUUACAAUGUCACUAUUGAUAAAUUUUAAAAAUGUAUGUUUUGAAACCGCAAUAUCCUACUUGUAUUUAUAGCCCUAUAACUUGCAAAAAAAAAAAAAGCACGUAAACACUGGGUAUUUUUAAAUCUAUUUAGCAGUUUUUUUCAUUCGCCUUUGUAGAUGAGUAAAAGAUAUUUCAAGUAAAAGUCAAAAAACAUGUAUUUUUUUUUAAAUUUGUCAUAUUUUUUUUUUUUAAAUUAAAUUACAUGAGAUUAUAUAACUAAUGGUAUGUAAAGAAAGCCCUUUUUGUCCUGAAAAAAACAAUAUAUAAUUUGUAUGGGAACAGUAAAUGAGAGAGCGUAAAAUUACAGCUUAACACAAACACCACAAAAGUGUAAAGAGGCCUGGUCGCAAAUGUACAACAUUGCAAAAACAGUCCGGUCUUUAAGGGGUUAAAUAGCACGGCAUCAGUUUUUCGCUUCGGCAUUAGUUAGCAAGCCAGUUUUACGUAGUUCAACGGGGCAAUAUUAAUCAGACUAUUGAUGUUGUGUUGCAGGAAUCCAACAUAGGCGAAGAAUCAUCCCCCUUAGCACACCCGCUAGGCCUAGUACCCCUGUUAGGCAUGGUACCCCCAAAGAAUUUCAAGAACCCUCCACGCCAGGCUCAUUGAAGUCCUGGACUAUCCCCAGGAUCUCAGCUGAACUGCGCCAGAGGGGAAUCCCCUUCCCAGUCACAGCAAGGAAAGCGGAACUCUUCAAGCUGCUCACAGCUCAUCCUUAGGAUCUUGGGUUGGAUACCAGCUCACAAGGAGGAAAACUCAAAUAUUCAAGGAACUCUAGACACCAUCAUGUCAUCUCUUCAGUCCUUAAAUGAUAGACUGACAAAAUUGUAAAAUGCCAGCCCAGCUCAGAUAGAUCCUCCUCCCGUAGAAUCUGAACAAACACUUGCACCUCCCAACACGCAGGGUAGGACUCCUGCCUCACCUUUCACCCUCUCCUCCACCCAUGUAAUUACCUCAGCUCACAUGGUCCCCCCAGCUCUCCGCAAGGACAUUCUAGAUCAGGGGUUCUCAACGUUAGUCCUCAGGACCCCCUACCAGUCCAGGGUUUAGGGAUUACCUGGUUGUGUCUAAGGUGUUGAGAAAAAAAAACACCUUAGAGUCUGUGUUUUUUUCCCUUUUUCUAAACACCUGAGACACACCCAGGUAAUCCCCAAAUCCUGGACUGGUAGGGGGUCCUGAGGACUGGGUUGAGAACCCCUGUUCUAGAUGGUAAAGAUUAGAGUUGAACGGACACCUUGAAAAAAAGUCCGGGUUCGGGCUCGAACUUGACCCCGAACCCCAUUGAAGUCAAUUGGGACCCGAAUUUUAGAGAGGGUUGGAGUCAAGGGUAUUCUUUUUCAUUGUUCAAACUGAGCUCAACUCCUGAUGCAUGGAGAAAAGGCCUUCACAAGCCUCUGCUAUUGUGUACAUAGUUUAUACUAAGUGACCCAUAGGUUGAGGAGGCGGCGACCGUCGCGGUGGAGGAGGUAGCCAACACUGUUUUUUAUAUAUAUAUAUAUAUAAUAUAUUUUUUUUUUUUUUUUUUAAUUGGGGUAGCCCCCAAAAUAUUGGGACAUAUAAAAAAAGAAAACUGAUCCGCAGAGCGACUGACCCGUGCCUGCUGCAUCUGAAACUCCACUAUCGCUUGCUGCUUCUCGCACAGUCUCAUGAGGCGGUGAGUGGGAAGGCCGAAGUUACGCUGCAGCACAGACAGGCGAGCAGCAGCAGGGUGAGAACGCCAAAAGCGCGCACAGACGGCCCUCCCUUUCUGCAGCAGCUCUGAUAUAUCUGGGUAUACACCGUGGCAUCACAAGGGCCACCCAGAACUGGCUCAACUCCCAUCAAGCCAAGUUCCCGGAGGAGAUCGCCCAGCUCAUCAUGCUAGAGCACUUUUUCAAUGUGUUCCCCAACGACAAGGCGACGACGCAUUUGUAUGUCAAUCCCUAUCAACUUUCAAUGCCAUUUACUGCGCCUACCAUGGUGACCACGGGUAACUGGGAAUCAGGGUUCAAUUCCAUACAGGGACCCUGACAAACUGCUACCACAUGCAAGGAAGGCAGCAGGCUCGCAAAUGACCCACUCCCGACGCGGGGAGGUAGUGACGACAAAUAACCAUUCAGGACUCUUUAGAGGCCCUGUAAUUGUAAUGAGUCCACUUGAAAUCCUUUAACUCUGAUCAAUUGGAGGGCAAGUCUGGUGCAGAGUGACUGACCCGUGCGUGCUGCAGCUGAAACUCCACUAUCGCCAGCUGCUGCUCGCACAGUCUCUGCAGCCUGUGCAAGGUGGAGUUCCACCUUGUGGGCACGUCUCAUAUGAGGCGGUGAGCAGGAAGGCCAAAGUUACGCUGCAGCUGUAAGCGCACUAUUUGACGCUUCAAUUUGACUCUCAGAUAUAAAGAGCACGCCCCAAAAUGUACCAUUUAGCAAAUUAGCAGCAAAACAAUUAGAAUUUUUACAACAGCGCUGUAAGUGCACUGUUUGACGCUUCUAUUUGACUCUCAGAUAUGAAGAGUCAAAUAGAAGCAUCAAAUAGUGCACUUACAGCGCUGUUGUAAAAAUUUACUAUUUAUCAGUUUAGCAGCAAAACAAUUAUAAUUUUUACAACUGCGCUGUAAGCGCACUAUUUGACUCUCAGAUAUGAAGAGCACGUCCAAAAUGUACUAUUUAGCACAUUAGCAGCAAAACAAUUUGAAUGUUUACAACUGUACUGUAAGCACACUAUUUAAUGCUUCUAUUUGACUCUGAUAUGAAGAGCACACCCAAAAUUUACUUUUUAGCAGCAAAACAACUAGAAUGUUUAGAACUGCGCUGUAAGCACACUGUUUGACGCUUCUAUUUGACUCUCAGUUAUGAAGUGCACCCCACUAAUGUACUAUUUAGCACCAAAAAAAUUUACUUUUUAAAACUCUGAUGUAACCGCAGUACUUGAUGAUGCUUCUAUUUGACUCUCAGAUAUGAAGUGCACCCCACUAAUGUACUAGUUUGCAGAAUUCUUUCCUAAUCUGUCCCUGAAAGUGACAGCAUCCUGUCCCUACACUAAGAGCUCAUGUGACGUGCGGCGCUACGUGACUCGAGCUUAUAUAUAGAGGCUGGGUCACAUGCUGCACUGGCCAAUCACAGCCAUGCCAUUAGUAGAUGGCUUCUAAGGGCACACCAAUCAAACGCUUGUUGAUUGGCUGCCCUGCAGCCUUUCAAAACCUGCCAUUAAAUCGCAGAACACCAAACUCCAACCCGAACAUACAGUGAUAUGUCCGUGUUCGGAUCCGGGGUCCAAAAAACGUAAUGUUCGGUACGAACCCGAACUUUACAGUCCGGGUUCGAUCAACUCUAGUAAAGAUGUAAACCUUGUCUCUUUGCUAAUUGCUUCCCAGGACUUUGUGGAAAACAGAACCUAUAAUUACGGCGAUUUCGCUGUCGUAAUGAAGGCUAGAGACCCAUUACUCAACAAAAAAACUCACCCGAGUUUGUCCUAGCCUUUGGUAUUUACGUGGUAUGCUUUGUUUAUCCACAAUGCCGGAAAGAACUCGACUUAUACAUGCACAAAUUGGUGGACUUUGGCCACAAGUACGGGGGUUUUAUGACUACCAUCUGUGUCGGCAAAAGCAGCAGCAAUUCUGGCCCAGUUUAACAUCCGUACUGACUGGAGCCUGUUGGACACAGAACUGUUUUUUGCAGACAUUUUGCAGGCUUGGUGCACCCGCUUGUGCAGUCUGCUCAUCCACCUCCUAUACCACCAAUUUGUGCCCCUCGGAAGCCAAUUCCUCCUUAUACACGAACCACCCAGUUGGGUCCAACAAACCUGACCAGCGCGGCUUAAAAGACAAGCUUGGACAACCCAUUGUUUACCUUGGCAAGGCGCUAGUAUGCAAUAAUUUCAAUGCAGGACUGUGCAGUUUCAGUUCCUGCAGAUUACUGCAAGUGUGCUCCAUAUGCUUUAGGGCUCGUAAAGUCCAUGUGCCCAUCUAAAUUGAACCCUAAACAGUGACUAACCGAGGAGAACAUAGGCAAUUUGGCGUUCUACUUGAAUACUCACCAGUCCCCUCACUUGGUGGAAUACUUAAUUCACAGGUUUUCACAAGGUUUACAUACUGGGCUAGUGUCACUCCCCUUAGGUACCUUAGAAUGUCCUAACCUCCUAUCCGCGGUACACGAACCACAAACAGUUGAUGAUCUUAUUGGGAAAGAAGUUCAAAAGAGCUCCCUCCCCCUUUUCUUCCUGGCGCACAAAUUUGAUUGGGAUAGCCACUAGUAAAUACUCAAAUACAAAACGUCUAAUCAUUGAUCUGUCGGCUCCUCAUUCGUCUACAAACCCAAGCCUAAACUCCCUCAUACCGUCCACCGAAUUUUCUCUACACUACACCACUGUGGAUAAUGCUAUACAGGCAAUCUUGAAAGCUGGUAAAGCUGCAUGUCUUAGCAAGACUGAUCACCAAUGCCUUCAAGUUGCUACCUAUUCAUUCCUCAUUAUGGCAUGUUCAUGGGGUUAAGUGGAGAGAGAAAUAUUACUUCGCUACCAGGCUCACUUUCGGGACAAAAAGUAGCCCCAAAAUCUUUGACACGUUUGCCGAGACUCUUUGCUGGCUUCUCCUUAACAUCACUAGGUGCCCCACCGUGAUACACUAUCUAGACAACUUUUUAAUGGUGGAAAGGAGCAAUAGCACUCCUCUAAGUCUAAAUAGCACUACAGCACUAUUUGCAACUCUAGGCGUUCCACUUUCACAAGACAAAACCACUGAACCCACCAUCAGACGUAAUUUUCUAGGUAUCACGCUGGAUUCCAAUACCAUGCAGUCAAGUCUUCCCGAGGAUAAACUCCUACGCAUUCGCGAAGACGUGAACAGGUUCCUGCAACUAGGAACUUUCACACGGAAGGACCUACAAUCUUUGUUAGGUUCAUUAAAGGACCACUCUAGGCACCCAGACCACUUCAGCUUAAUGAAGUGGUCUGGGUGCCAGGUCCUUCUAGGGUUAACCCAUUUUUUUAUAAACAUAGCAGUUUCAGAGAAACUGCUAUGUUUAUCAAUGGGUUAAGCCUUCCCCCUAAUCCUCUAGUGGCUGUCUCAUUGACAGCCACUAGAGGCGCUUGCGUGCUUCUCACUGUGAUUUUCACCGUGAGAGCACGCCAGCGUCCAUAGGAAAGCAUUAUGAAUGCUUUCCUAUGUGACCGGCUGAAUGCGCGUGCAGCUCUUGCUGCGCGUGCGCAUUCAGCCGAUGGGGCGGAUCGGAGGAGGAGAGGAGGCAGAGAGCUCCCCGCCCGGCGCUGGAAAAAGGUAAGUUUUUACCCCCUUCCAGAGCCGGGGGUAGGGGGACCCUGAGGGUGGGGGCACCCUCAGGGCACUAUAGUGCCAGGAAAACGAGUAUGUUUUCCUGGCACUAUAGUGGUCCUUUAAACUUUGCCAUGCGCAUUAUCCCCCAGGGGAGAUGAUUUAUAUAUAGACUGCUACGUCUAUUACCAGAUCUGCCCGACUGCAAUACUGGUCGUUUAGAUCCUCCGGCUAGGGCAGAUCUGGUCAUGUGGCAAGAGUUCCUGGAACACUGGAAUGGGGUUUUCAAUGUUUAUUCCCCUGGUCUCCGACCAAUCCCCAGUCUUUUGGACAGAUGCACAACACUGGGCUCGCAGCAAUCUACAAAAAUCACUGGUUGAUAGAUUGCUGGCAGAAAGAGGCACUCUAACUGCCUUCCUUUGGCGAGACGUCCGCUUUAUUUGAAUUUUACCCGUUAGUAGUGGCUGCAUUCACAUGGGGCAAAUCCUGGUCGCGCAUGACUGUUAAAUGUUAUACUGACAACAUGGCAGCCUGUGACAUAAUUAAUAAGGGUCGGUCACGACCAUCAUGAGGUUAGUUCGCAGGCUGACCUGGUUGGCUACUACAACUCUGCCGCUGACUCCUUAUCCCAUUGUAAAUUUCAGGAAUUCUGAACCCGUCAGCCAACAAAAACCCGACCCAAACCCCGGAGUUCAACAAUUUAAUCCUGAUUAACCUGGAUAUUGGUGCAUGGCAGUGAAUUGGCAUAAGCAGCUUUGUCCACAAACACUAAGAAAACCUACAAUAGAGCUAUGAUAAUUUUUCAGAGGCUCACCGUAGAAUUCAACAUUCACGAUCAUUCUAUCCAAACCAUGGUAGCAUUUGCCGCAUUUUGCCACCUUCAUCUCAAACUUUCUUAUAACACUAUCAAACUCUAUCUACCAGGUGUACAACACCAAAUUCAGGACUUCGGCACUUUGACACUUCGGCAUUUCGUUAACUUCGACACUUCGGAACAUCGGAAUUUCUGAACUUCUCUUGCAGCCGCUUGGUAGAUAACUCCAUAAUUCCCACGGUAUUAGGGAGCUAUCUACCAAAAGGCUGAAAGACCUAAAUUGGUCUUUCAGCCAAAUUUACUAAGUAAAGAUUACUUAGUAUUAGUAAAUUAUGCCCCUACUCGCUAUACCAUGAGUAGGGGCAUGUCUAGUAAACAGUGAGCAGCCUAUGGCUGCUCACUGUUUUAAAAAAAAAAAAGGGUCCCCCCUCCCAAUCAGAGUGCUCUGAGCCUAAUUGCAGGGUGGGGAAAGGCUUUAUAAGCCUUCCCCUGCACUACAGAGCUCAGUCUGCACGAAGCCCUCGCCGGGUGAAGAUGGAUUAUUUUUUUUUUUUUGCGCUCGUUUUUUUUAAUUUAAUUUUUAAUUGCGUCGGUUAUUAUGGAUUUAUAUAUUAAGACCAAUUAAGGUCUUUCAGCCUUUUAGUAGAUGGCUCCCUAAUACCGUGGGAAUUAGGGAGUUAUCUACUUAUUCAUUCCUGUCAUUACAUUGACUGAUCAAGUAACUUACAUUUUAUAUGAAUGUGUGUUACUUGAUUGUUGUAAGUGUUGCAAAUGCUUACAGCUGAAUCCUGGCUAUGUUUGUAUACUUUUUAUUUAAAAUUGUAUACAGUGUAACAUUCUUCUUCUUCCACUGGGUAAGUAUAUUAGUACUUAGGCAAUACUGUACUUCGGAAAUUCGGUAACUUCGGGACCUCGGCUAUUCGGACAUACAGAAGUACCCAAAUGUCCGAAUUGCCCGAAAAUCGUCCGAAUUCAUACUCUGCCCGAAACGAAUUGCACAUGUCUAGAAUAUACUAAAAGGCAUAAAUAAAUUAGAUCAUCACACUACACAGAAACGUCUGCCUAUAGAUGGAGAGAAAUUCCGGGCUUUAUCAGACAUACUGGACACACUACCAUUUGACCCCCAUACAAACCUGGUCAAAAAAAACCUCUAUGUACAUAGCAUUCUAUGGAUACCUGAGACCUAGAGAAUUCACGAUAACAACCCAGUCAGACAGUCAUUUAUGUCUCAUCAUGAAAGACUUAAAAAAGGUGAAUGAUUACUAUCUUUUGUUACUUAGGCAUUCCAAAACCAAACAAUCAGGCCGUCCGCUAGAAGUGCCCUUCUACCCUACUGAGAAUCAUUGGUGCCCUGUCAAAGUUCUAGACACUUAUCGAAUACAGGUUAGGGACAAUUCCAGCCACUCCAUUUUUCACACUGCUAGGCAGUCCCCUCACUACUUCCAAAUUCAUGUUCUACAUUAGAACUCUGUGCAUCAGAUUAAAUUGGGACCCUACCUCUUAUUCUGGGCAUUCAUUGAUAAUAGGGGCCGCAUCCAGUAUCAAUACACCAGUACACAUCAUCAAAAAGUUGGGACGUUGGAAAUCCACAGUAUACAAUAGAUACAUACCACAACCAGAAAGAGUUAAGGAAUGCAUUUAAAAAUCUUGUAUUAUAAUCAUGUUUGCAAUAAAGAGUGUUUUCUGCAUUUCUUUUGCCCUCUUUAUUACAGGCCUACCCCUACGUCGGUUUUGGCACACCACACCGACUUGCUCCAAUCACAAGGUAUUUCACGGUCUCUAUAUUAACCGACCACAAGUUUAAGGCCGAAGGCCUGUAUGUUUGGGAGGAGUUAGCGUUCCUAUGAAACGCUACUGCCCCUUCUUACCUUCUCCGUGGUGCUCUGUUCACCCACCCUACCCACCUCACCCUCUUCAUGCCUAAACAAUUCCUCCAGGGGGCCCCCUUUAUUACAGGCCUACCCCUACGUCUGUUUCAGCACACCUCACGACUUGCUCCAGUCUCAAGGUAUUUCACGGUCUCUAUAUUAACCGACCACAAAUAAAUAUAUAUAUAUAUAUAUAUACACAUUGCAGACACAUGACAUUUCUACAAGGUUAACAGCACUAGAAGGGUUAAAAUGUUAAAUUGGCACAAACAUGUGCCUGUCAAUCAAAAUGUUAACUUGACAUAGGACAAAGACGUGUUGCCUGUCAACCAAAGAGUCAACUAGCCAUCUUUAAAAUCUUACUUUUAACUCUUUGGAGCUAAUCAUAAACAGUGCUAAAUAAGUAUCUGCUAACCAUAGCCAUACAGCACAUUACAUUAUCUAUCAGGGAACAAGUUAGUCUUUUUGGGAAAUAUCACAGCAUGUGGAUGAAGAAAUAAGUAUAUAAAUGUAAGAAGACAGUUAGAACUUGUCAUUCGUCAUUCCAUCAUACAUAUCCUGCUGCCGGUCUUUACCUCAUUUCUGUUGGUAAGGUUAUUUGUUAAUUUUUCUUUAUGUAAUAUUCAUUAAUUUAAAAUUCUACUGAUAAGAUUAUGUUUCUUAUAUUUUUCCUUUCUGGAACAUUAAUUUAAUACAUACAUUUUUAUAUUUGAGUCACUGUUUAAUUUAUACAAUAUUAUUACAGUGCCGUUUGGGUCUUCAGACACUGGAUUAUUUUAGUGAUAGUCAAGUUAUCAGCUAGAAUAGUUAAUCCCAAAAAAAUUUUACGGUAUACUUUCAAAAAGAUAUAGUUGUUCUAAUGCUGUAUAAUCACAAUAAGUAAUGAAUGAUCGGGACAGAUGUUGUCGCUACAUCAAUCAUACCUUAAAGAGCCAUAGUCACCAAUAUAUUGAAGGGUCAAAAUACAUGAAAACCGACAGCAGUAAGGAAAGGGGGGUGGCACAGUGAGGGAAGGAGGGGUGACAGGUGGCAGAUAAAGGGAAGGAGGGGGUGGCAGAUAAAGGGAAGGAGGGGGUGGCAGUGUUGGGGAAGGAGGGGGUGGCAGAGUGAGUUAAAGGGAUACUGUAGUGUCAGGAAUACAGAGCUGUAUUUCAGGAACUACCGAUCCCUCUGUCUCCCCCCUCCCUCGCGCCCCCCCCCCCUGGUAAAUAAAGUGUUGAAAAGCCUUUAUUUACUUACCAGAUCCCAGUGCCGAUGAUGGAUCAAAGCUCCACCCACUCCUCUGUUAAAUCAGUGCUUUCCUAUGGGGAGAAAUCUGACGCUGGAGGUCGUCAUGCAGAGCACAAGGACGUCCAGCGUCAGACAACGGAUCAGAAGUCACUUUGGAUUCCAGAAGCCCUCUAGUGGCUGUCUGUUAGACAGCCAGAGAGCAUUCCUAGUGCUGCAAUGUAAACAUUGAAGUUUUCUGCAAAAGGGGCACAGCAAUCAAUGAGCGGAAGUGGUCUGGGUGCCUACAGUGUCCCUUUAAGAAGGGGGUGGCAGAGUGAGGGAAGGAGGGAGUGACCGAUAGCAGUGAGGGAUGGAGGGGGUGACAGGUGGCAGAGUGAGGGAAGGAGGGGUGACAGUGUGUGGAGAAAAAACUGUUUUCCUUGGUGGUCCAGUGGGCUCCCUAUACGAUCUGCACCGCCACCGGGUGUGAGCUGCAGACCACUAGAAGUCUCGCGAUCUCCAGAAGUCAGAGCAUUGCCAUGGUAACGCAUUGCAAUGCUCUGAUUGGCUGGAGAUCCCGAGACAAUUCAGUCUGCAUCUCACACCCGGUGGGUCGCUGGCUCUCACUCUCAUGGCAGACUGGAGUGGCCGACGAGUCACUCUGCUCCAAGGCAAUUUAGGCCGCUGCAAGGCCCCAGCCAGUGCAAGGCCUUAGGUGGCUGCCUAAAUAGCCUACUUAGAGAGCCGCCUCUGACACACUCUAUACAAUAAUGUCCUGUAGUCUCAUUCAUCCAUUUGUAAAAAUAAAUUGUGCGAAGACCUGCAAUAAGACGCACCAUCAUGGUUACAGUUUAUUUUUGGAAAUAUUAAGGAAAACAGUGACAUGUGCAAAGAGAAAUUUAAAUGGAUUUUAACCUUUUGAGGAUACAUGUACUAAUACUCCAUUUUUAAUGUAAAGAGAGGAUGAAAUUCCUCAAAAUAAAUCAAAACCGGUACUUGAUAUCCAUUGUAUUUAUUCACAAGAUUUGGAGAAACACACAUUAGAUGUUUGAAUAAUAGUCCUAGCAUGCACAAAUUCAUCUGUAAAAUAAAACAUAUCUUCCAAAAAUUAUGACUAUAAAUUCACCCUCCAACAAAUGCACUUGUCGACGUCCAGUGUUUCUUAACCCCUUAAGGACACAUGACAUGUGUGACAUGUCAUGAUUCCAUUUUAUUCCAGAAGUUUGGUCCUUAAGGGUUUAAAGGACCACUAUAGUGCCCUGAGGGUGCCCCCACCCUCAGGGCCCCCCUCCUGCCGGGCUUAAGGGUGAGGAAGGGGUUAAAUUUACCUCCUUUUCCAGCGCCAGGCUGGGGACUCUCCUCCUCCUCCUCGUCAUCGGCUGAAUGCGCAUGCGCGGCAACAGCCAUGCGCGCAUUCAGCCAGUCCAUAGGAAAGCAUUUUCAAGGCUUUCCUAUGGACGCUGGCUUCUUCUCACUGUGAAAAUCACAGUGAGAAGCGUGAAAGCGCCUCUAGCGGCUGUCAAUGAGACAGCCACUAGAGGCUAGAUUAACCCUAUUAUAAACAUAGCAGUUUCUCUGAAAUUGCUAUGUUUGUAGAAGAAAGGGUUAAACCUAGCUGGACCUGGCACCCAGACCACUUCAUUAAGCUGAAGUGGUCUGGGUGCCUAUAGUGGUCCUUUAAUAUAUAUAUCCACAUGCAUAGAAAUUUAUAGACCACAUUAUCACUAAAUGCAUCACUAUAGUGGCUGAAUCUUAAACUACUGAGCAUGGGAUUAACCCUAUUAUAAACAUAGCAUUUUCUCUGAAACUGCUAUGUUUAUACAAGAAAGGGUUAAACCUAGCUGGGCCUGGCACCCAGACCACUUCAUUAAGCUGAAGUGGUCUGGAUGCCUAUAGUGGUCCUUUAAUAUAAAUAUAUAUAUAUCCACAUGCAUAGAAAUUUACAGACUACAUUAUCACUAAAUGCAUCACUAUAGUGGCUGAAUCUUAAACUACUGAGCGUGGGAGAAUCUGGUUCCUUACUAACUUUUGAGGAGGAUAGGAAAAGCACUGAGGUUCGCAUGUUCGUGGCUAAACAUGGCAACAUAUACAUAUUAUCUCUAGCAUCGCACACAUUUAUGGCAUACAGCUUUAUCAUCUCAUAUUUAUUGUUUCAGGCCAUGCGGCUGCAUUUACCUGACCCUCCUGUAGACAGUGAUGAUGAAGAUGAGAGUGGAGCUUCGACCGGUUCAAUCCCUAUGGAUCCAGGUAUGGGAUUUGAAAGUUGAUAUAAACCCCAAUACUCAUUCACACUGUGAAUCUAUAAAUUGCCCAUAGAGACUCCAGCUUUUCUUCCUGUCUUUUGUGAGUUGGCAGCAUUCUCACAAUUUAUGCGAGGUUUUGACCUUUCUCUAUUCUCAUACUUUACAGAUCAUGUGGAACUUGUAAAAAAUGCCAUGGCGGCAGUAAAGUUACCUUCAAUUUCCAUCCCAAUUUGGGCACAGCAGAUUUCGGAUGCUGACUGGGAUCAUCUGGUGCAUCAGACAAUUCAGUGUCGGACUUCAGGAUCUACAUCCAGUAAAAAGUGA